AUGAAGCCUUUGGAAAAAUUCUUAAAGAAGCAAAGCUCUCAUCUCUCUGGUCCUAGACAUUUGCACAGGAGGCAAAGUGUUUCCAAAAUCUUGCCCUCUUUCUUAAGGGAUUCCCCCAGUGAUUCCCCUGGAGGAGAAAGUCGUGAAGAAGACCCCAGCGGAGCCCCUCCUCCUCCUUCCCAAGACUGCCUGGAGUUACCAGAUGGAUUGCGCUCCCCUCUUUCCUUUUCAUCUGAUGAACUGUCCCCCUCGGAACCACUCACUCCACCUCCAGGAUCUGGUGGCUGGACUAUUACUCCACCUGGAAUCCUACUUGCCCCAGAUACCCCAGAAGCUCUCUUGGGGAGGAUACUGGACCAGCUACUGACUGCCCCCAGACUGAGUGAUGCUGCUGGUAAGAAAGUGUAUGGAGAGGGGGGGCCUAAAGACAACCCAGAACCAGUAGAACUAGCAAAUAGCAAGGGUUUGGUAGACUUCUAUAAUCCUACAUUUUCUACAGCUUCUACUAGAGGGGAACCAUCUCAUAGCCACAUAUGACACUGGUGAUGUGUUGGAUGAUGAAAUGGCAUUCAAUGAAGGUGUCACUAAGAUCUGUUGGAUGUCCCUAUGUACUAUCCCUUCGUUAUGACGUAAGAUAUUGAGGAAGGGAAUUUCUUGCUACUUUAGAGGUUUGAACACAACAGCCUAUCAUUAAAUGUUCCAUAAGUUCCUCGUAGCAAUAAGACACAAACAAAAACCUCAGCGUUCUCUAUAUCCAAGUAGUCAGUAUUAGCUGUAGUGGUUGACAUUGACCAUGGUAGACCGGUUCUUUUAGAGUUCCUCUUAAACUGGUGAGGAAAGAGAUACCUCGAGUCCAUGUACUACAGAUGCAAAGGGUAUUGGCCGGGAAAUCUUUGUGACUAUUGAGGCCAGUAAUCUUGGUAUAGGUAACACAGUAAAAGCUUAUUAUUGUUUAAUUCAGUAAUUAUGAACAUAGCAACAUAAGAGCAGGCAAGAUUAGCAUUGCUGAGAAUGACACCAUUACAACCGAUUAAAAUUUCUAAAACCAUUAGUAGAACACUUGGGGCACCAUAAUAACUUUAUUGGAAUGAAGUUGGUAUGGUUCCUGGAGUGUUCCUUUAAGGCUAGCCAUUCUUUUUUUUUUUUAAAUCUAGCACUUUUAAAAUUGAAUAUGCUAGUAUCGUUGCUUCAUUAUAACCUGUUAAUCGUGGCUGAGCCUGGAAGAAUUGACACUAGAUGAAUUUUUGUUGCUAUGAUUAAUUGCAAUAGUACUGAAUCAGGUUGUUGGAACUGGUUAGAUUGGCGUUGCUGAACCUGGCACCAUUUGGGAAUAGUUAGUCGUUUUAUACUGAUCCAGGGUCUAUUAGGUUAGAUUCACGUUGUUGCAGCUGGCUCAGCUAGUGGAGGUUUAUCACAGCUUUGCUGACUUGCUAAAAUAAGGUCGGUUAAAUUAGUCAAGCGUGUCAGCUUUAGUGACAAUACUUUUGAGCCUGACAUCAUUAGGAGACCCUGACUUACUGUUGCUGAUGCUGGCUUAUCAAUAAGCAAUAUUGGGGAUGAUUUUACGAUGAUUACCAGAAAUAUUGAUACUGAUUGGCCUGGCCCCAGUAGAAAUGUUUAGAUUAGGAACAUUCACAUCAGGGGUAGGCAACCUUCGUCACUCCAGAUCUUAUGGACGUACUACAUCGCCCCUGAUGGUUUGCCUGCUUUAUGCCUGUACCAGCAUCAUGGGAGUUGUAGUCCACAACAUCUAUAGUGAGGAAGGUUGCCUACCCCUGAUUUAAACAAUCAGAACUUGUUAUUAUUGGUACAGUAUUACAUAGCAUUUAAGAAAAUGCAGGUCCUUACUAUAUUUGACCUCGUUAGCCUGACUGGUUAAGUCUCUAUUGAUGUAUAAUGAGUGUUAGGAUUGGCAUUUUACUGUGUGGCACGAGCAAUGUCUGAUUGGCUUUUUGUGUCACCCCAAGGACUCGCUCAGUUAAUAUUGUUAUGCCCUGGACUAUUAGGACCUGAUGGAUUAGUAGUAUCACACCUUGCACUAUGAUAUCUGGCUAGGUUAGUGUUGUUAGUUUGCACCAUUAGAUUAGGAUCAAUUAAUAGUGAUAUGCCUUGUAACAUUGGGACUGGAUAGAUUAGCAGUGUUACACUUUACACCAUGAGAACUGGAAUAGUUAGUAGUGUUAAGCCUUGCACCAUUAGGACAUGAUAGAUUAGUAGGCUAGUAAUAUAAGUACUUAUGAGCCUGGCACCAUUAGUCUUCUAAUAUUAGUACUGUUACCUGGUGCGAUUAGACUGGUAAUGUUAGUAUUAGACUGGUACCAUUAGAUUGGUAAUAUUAGUAUUGCUGAGCCUGGUACCAUUAGACUGGUAAUAUUAGUAUUACAAGGCCUGGUACCAUUAGACUGUCAAUAUUAGUAUAGCUGAGCCUGGCAUCAUUCGUCUUCUAAUAUUAGUACUGCUAGUCUGGUACCAUUAGACUGGUAAUAUUAGUAUUAGCCUGGCACCAUUAGACUGGUAAUAUUAGUAUUACUAAGCCUGGUAACAUUAGACUGGUAAUAUUAGUAUUAUUGAGCCUGGCACCAUUAGACUGAUAAUAUUAGUAUAGCUGAGCCUGGUACCAUCAGACUGGUAAUAUUAGUAUAGCUGAGCCUGGUACCAUAAGACUGGUAAUAUUAGUAUUGGUGGGCCUGGCACCAUUAUACUGGUAAUAUUAGUAUUGCUAGCCUGGUACCAUUAGACUUGUAAUAUUAGUAUUACUGAGCCUGGUACCAUCAGACAGGUAAUAUUAGUAUAGCUGAGCCUGGUACCAUUAGACUGGUAAUAUUAGUAUUACUGAGCCUGGCACCAUCAGAUUGUAAUAUUAGUAUUGCUAGCCUGGCACCAUUAGACUUGUAAUAUUAGUAUUACUGAGCCUGGUACCAUCAGACAGGUAAUAUUCGUAUUACUGAGCCUGGUACCAUUAGACUGGUAAUAUUAGUACUGCUAGUCUGGUACCAUUAGACUGGUAAUAUUCGUAUUGGUGGGCCUGGCACCAUGAGACUGGUAAUACUAAUAUUACUGAGCCUGGCACCAUUAGGCUGAAUAUUAGUAUUAGCCUGGCACCAUUAGACUGGUAAUGUUUGUAUUACUAAGCCUGGCACCAUUAGACUUUUAAUAUUAGUAUUAGCCUGGCACCGUGCGACUGGUAAUAGUAGUAUUGCUAGCCUGAUACCAUCAGACUGGUAAUAUUAGUAUUGCUAGCCUGGUACCAUUAGGCUGGUAAUAUUAGUAUUAGCCUGGCGCCAUAAGACUGGUAAUAUUAGUAUAGCUGAGCCUGUUGCUAUUAUAUUGGUAAUAUUCAUAUUGGUGGGCCUGGCACCAUUAGACUGCUAAUAUUAGUAUUAGCCUGGCACCAUGAGACUGGUAAUGUUUGUAUUACUAAGCCUGGCCCCAUUAGACAGGUAAUAUUAAUAUAGCUGAGCCUGGCACCAUUAGACUGGGAAUAUUAGUAUAGUUGAGCCUGACACAAUUAGACUGGGAAUAUUAGUAUUAGCCUGGCACCAUGCAACUGGUAAUAUUAGUAUUGCUACCCUGGUACCAUUAGACUGGUAAUAUAAGUAUUACUGAGCCUGGUACCAUUAGACUGGUAAUAUUAGUAUUGCUAGCCUGGUACUAUUAUACUGGUAAUAUUAGUACUAUUAAACCUGGCACCAUUAGGCUGGUAAUAUUAGUAUUCCUAGCCUGGCGCCAUAAGACUGGUAAUGUUAGUAUUACUAAGCCUGGCACCACUAGACUGGUAAUGUUAGUAUUUCUAAGACUGGUACCAUUAGACUGGUAAUAUUAGUAUUGCUGAGCCUGGUACCAUUAGAUUGGUAAUGUUAGUAUUGCUGAGCCUGGCACCAUUAGACUGGUAAUAUUACUAUUGGUAAGCCUGGUACCAUUAGACUGGUAAUAUUGAUGAUAGAUUAGUAGGCUAGUAAUAUUAGUACUUAUGAGCCUGGCACCAUUAGUCUUCUAAUAUUAGUACUGUUACCUGGUGCGAUUAGACUGGUAAUGUUAGUAUUAGACUGGUACCAUUAGACUGGUAAUAUUAGAAUUACUGAGCAUGGCACCGUCAGACUGGUAAUAUUAGUAAAGCUGAGCCUGGUACCAUUAGACUGGUAAUAUUAGUAUUAGCCUGGUACCAUUAGACUGGUAUUAUUAGUAUAGCUGAGCCUGGUACCAUCAGACUGGUAAAAUUAGUAUUAGCCUGGUAAAAUUAGUAUUAGCCUGGUAAUAUUAGUAUUAUUAAGCCUGGCACCAUUAGACUGGUAAUAUUAGUAUAGCUGAGCCUGGUACCAUUAGACUCGUAAUAUUAGUAUUGCUGAGCCUGGCACCAUUAGACUGCUAAUAUUAGUAUUGCUAGCCUGGUACCAUUUUACUGGUAAUAUUAGUAUUGCUAGCCUGGUACCAUUAGACUGGUAAUAUUAGUAUUACUGAGCCUGGCACCAUUAGACUGGUAAUAUUAGUAUAGCUGAGCCUGGUACCAUUAUACUGGUAAUAUUAGUAUUGCUAGCCUGGUACCAUUAGACUGGUAAUAUUAGUAUUACUGAGCCUGGCACCAUUAGACUGGUAAUAUUAGUAUAGCUGAGCCUGGUACCAUUAUACUGGUAAUAUUAGUAUUGCUAGCCUGGUACCAUUAGACUGGUAAUAUUAGUAUUACUGAGCCUGGCACCAUUAGACUGGUAAUAUUAGUAUAGCUGAGCCUGGUACCAUUAUACUGGUAAUAUUAGUAUUGCUAGCCUGGUACCAUUAGACUGGUAAUAUUAGUAUUACUGAGCCUGGCACCAUUAGACUGGUAAUAUUAGUAUAGCUGAGCCUGGUACCAUUAGACUGGUAAUAUUAGUAUUACUGAGCCUGGCACCAUUAGACUGCUAAUAUUAGUAUUGCUAGCCUGGUACCAUUAUACUGGUAAUAUUAGUAUUGCUAGCGUGGUACCAUUAUACUGGUAAUAUUAGUAUUGCUGAGCCUGGUACCAUUAGACUGGUAAUAUUAGUAUUGCUGAGCCUGGCACCAUUAGGCUGGUAAUAUUAGGAUUACGGAACCUGGCAGUAUUAGACUGGUAAUAUUAGGAUUACUGAGCCUGGCAGCAUUAGACUGGUAAUAUUAGUAUUGCUGAGCCUGGCACCAUUAGACUGGUAAUAUUAGGAUUACUGAGCCUGGUACCAUCAGACUGGUAAUAUUAGUAUUGCUGAGCCUGGCACCAUUAUACUGGUAAUAUUAGUAUUGCUAGCCUGGUACCAUUAGACUGGUAAUAUUAGUAUUACUGAGCCUGGCACCAUUAGACUGCUAAUAUUAAUAUUACUGAGCCUGGCACCAUUAGACUGGUAUUAUUAGUAUUACUGACCCUGGCACCAUUAGCCUGGUAAUAUUAGUAUUGCUGAGCCUGGCACCAUUAGACUGGUAAUAUUAGUAUUGCUGAGCCUGGCACCAUUAGACUGGUAAUAUUAGUAUUACUGAGCCUGGCACCAUUAGACUGGUAAUAUUAGUAUUGCUGAGCCUGGCACCAUUAUACGGGUAAUAUUAGUAUUGUUGAGCAUGGUACCAUUAGACUGGUAAUAUUAGUAUUGCUAAACCCGGUACCAUUAGACUUUUAAUAUUAGUAUUGCUGAGCCUGGCACCAUUAGACUGGUAAUAUUAGUAUUGCUAAGCCCGGUACCAUUAGACUGGUAAUAUUAGUAUUGCUAAACCUGGUACCAUUAGACUGGUAAUAUUAGUAUUGCUGAGCCUGGCACCAUUAGACUGGUAAUAUUAGUAUUACUGAGCCUGGUACCAUUAGACUGGUAAUAUUAGUAUUACUGAGCCCGGUACCAUUAGACUGGUAAUAUUAGUAUUGCUAAACCUGGCACCAUUAGACUGGUAAUAUUAGUAUUGCUGAGCCCGGUACCAUUAGACUGGUAAUAUUAGUAUUGCUAAACCUGGUACCAUUAGACUGGUAAUAUUAGUAUUGCUGAGCCUGGCACCAUUAGACUGGAAAUAUUAGUAUUACUGAGCCUGGCAGCAUUAGACUGGUAAUAUUAGUAUUGCUAAACCCGGUACCAUUAGACUGGUAAUAUAAGUGUUGCUGAGCCUGGCACCAUUAGACUGGUAAUAUUAGUAUUGCUAAACCCGGUACCAUUAGACUGGUAAUAUAAGUGUUGCUGAGCCUGGCACCAUUAGACUGGUAAUACAAGUAUUGCUGAGCCUGGCACCAUUAGACUGGUAAUAUUAGUAUUGCUAAACCCGGUACCAUUAGACUGGUAAUAUAAGUAUUGCUGAGCCUGGCACCAUUAGACUGGUAAUAUUAGUAUUGCUGAGCCUGGCACCAUUGUACGGGUAAUAUUAGUAUUGCUAAACCCGGUACCAUUAGACUGGUAAUAUUAGUAUUACUGAGCCUGGCACCAUUAGACUGGUAAUAUAAGUGUUGCUGAGCCUGGCACCAUUAGACUGGUAAUAUAAGUAUUGCUGAGCCUGGCACCAUUAGACUGGUAAUAUUAGUAUUGCUGAGCCUGGUACUAUUAUACUGGUAAUAUUAGUACUAUUAAACCUGGCACCAUUAGGCUGGUAAUAUUAGUAUUCCUAGCCUGGCGCCAUAAGACUGGUAAUGUUAGUAUUACUAAGCCUGGCACCACUAGACUGGUAAUGUUAGUAUUUCUAAGACUGGUACCAUUAGACUGGUAAUAUUAGUAUUGCUGAGCCUGGUACCAUUAGAUUGGUAAUGUUAGUAUUGCUGAGCCUGGCACCAUUAGACUGGUAAUAUUACUAUUGGUAAGCCUGGUACCAUUAGACUGGUACCAUUAGUACUAAUAUUAGUACUGUUACCUGGUGCGAUUAGACUGGUAAUGUUAGUAUUAGACUGGUACCAUUAGACUGGUAAUAUUAGAAUUACUGAGCAUGGCACCGUCAGACUGGUAAUAUUAGUAAAGCUGAGCCUGGUACCAUUAGACUGGUAAUAUUAGUACUACCAUAAGGAGCAAGCAGAGUUAUAUUGCUCAGCCUUGAACUAGGCUUCAGACACUUUAAACACCAUAACCACUACAAUGUACUGUGCAAGGAAAUUCUUAGCUGUGUUUUAUUUUCUGUUAAGCUGCAUCCUUUCAAGUAUUUGCACAACAUGAGUAAACGUUGCCUGCUCACACUAUGCAAGUCAACCUUCAGUAGCUGCAGUGUGAGUGCAUGUGAAUUCAGCAUUGCUCCGUGCCUGUAUGUAUAGAAUUUGAUGAGGCUACAUUGAAUCUGACACCUUUUGCGACUCAGUCUGACACCCCUGAAAUUUGUCUGGUAGAGUAUGUUAAUUCCUGCAUCUCUAGGAGUAGUUAAUUUGCUGAUAUUCGCCUUGGUACCCCAAGGCUUAUUAAAAAAAACCCAGUGACAAUGGCACCUUCGUUUAACCCUUUGUGUAUCAGUGGGAUUCAGAAAAGCAUUUUGGCAGAGGACAUGAUUCUAGUGUCAGUAGACAGAUUUUGGAUGCUGGUACCCCUGUGGGAAGUUUAAUGCAAAAUGUUUGUAAUGAAGGUUAAUUCUCUGGAUUAGUAAGGUAUGAUAUGUUGAGUUUAGAAUAUUGAAAACUACAUACGUACAUAAUGUUGGUGUCAAGGCUAGUCUAACACACAAACCAAGCUAGACCGGACAGAAGCACAUAUCGGCCCUUAGAAUGGCCGUGCUGGCAGAAACUACAGAGAGUUGCCGAAUGUCUGCACGCAGAAUGGGAAUAACCUUAAGACAGGUUGAGGUCAAAAGGAGCAAAGGGAGACACUAUAGCAAGGAUCAAGCCAAAGGUCAGCGUUAUAGACUUCAAGCCAAGAGUGACUCACAACAUCAGUAUGGUCACUGUAAUAACACACUGUCUCACAAUGCAGUAUUGUGCGACACUGGGAUGGCCUAGGGACCAUGACGGCUGGGUCUGGAAACUUCCGUCCUGUUUAGGAAAUGUUGAGCCUAGUUUAGGGAUUCGUUAGGUAAGAGAUGAUGUUGGUUCUGAGAUAAGCUCGACCAGGAAUAUAAAAAAAAAUAAAAAAUUGAAUAUCCUUAUAUCGAAGAGAUGCACUGUUAGUUCUCGAGGAUGAAAUAGUUUUGGCCUCUCUAGGAUAAAAGUCAGAUAUUUUAAGUGAGGAAACUUUGAGAGGUAUUAAAGAAACACUCCAUGCACCAUAGCCACUGCAUCACACUGUACCUGGUUAUGGUGCUAGGAGUGUCCUGGUGCUGUUUCAUGUUAAAUGUAAAGCCAUUUCAGAAUGGUUUGACAAUUUACUUGGAUUCCACUGGGCGCCCUCGCUACAUAAGCCAGAUGUCUCUGUAAUGCAAAGCACAACUGAUGUAGAAAUUGACUCAUUGGUUGAAAGCAUGCAGUUGGUGCUGUCAGCCAAUGAUUGCAGUCCUGCAUGGCACCGCUUUGUUCUAUAGAGCUGUUGAACACCGGUAGCAGUGGGUGUGGUCCAGGCACCCAUUGGGAUCCAAGUAAGUUGUUAAACUGUGUUAAAAUGUUUGGCAUCUUAUCGUAGGACAGCGCCAGGACACUCCUGACACGAAAACCACUGCAGCGGAAUUUGUUUUGAGUGUUCCUUUAAAGGAGGACUUUAACAUUAAAAAUAAAACCAUGCAGAUAUACUCCUUGCUAUUUAGAUUAACAGCCCCAUCCCCUUGUAAUACUAAAAUAAAUUCAUUUAUUUUACCUUCAGUACCUUGCCAUUCUGAACCUUGUACAUUCAGUACCUUGCUGCAGAAGCUGCACCAGAGAUAAGCUUUGGUAGUCUAACUUACUGCACCAAUCAGUAUGUCCUCAUUGAGGUGCAAUAUUUCAAUGUAUUGCUAUGAGAAGCACUUGGAGUCCUCAUACACAGUAUGCAAAGACUGCAGGACCGUAACAGGAAGCACCUCUACUGACUGUUGGAGUGACAGCCACUAGAGAUGUCCUAAGGGAGCAGUAAAGACAGUGUUUACAGUUCUUAGUCUCUAGCAGGGUUGGGGGACCUUUGGCCCUCCCGUUUUGGACUACAUCUCCCUUGAUGCUUUGCCAGCAGUAUGGCUGUAAGAUCAUUAAGGGAGAGGUAGUCCAAAACAUCUGGAGGGGCGAAGGUUCAACACCACUGGUCUACGGGGACAGUCUAUUUCCAUGUAGCGGUUCUCCUGCUAAUAGUGUCUCUUUAAAUUGGGAAUCCUUAGUCUCGGGAAUCCUUAGUCUCACCCAUAUCGGAUUCGUUAGGCUUCGGAAAUUCUGAACCCGGAACCUGCACCCUCUUUGUCACAAUAUUUGAAUAUCUAAUAUCUGAAUAUUUGAAUGCUACAGUAAAUGUAAUGGCAAAGCUUAGAAUUUGAAAAUGAACCAGCUCCAAAAUGCUCGUCAAUUCCAAAUACUGUUCUAGGCCUUAUUCUAAAGGGAUAAUACAGCAAAUGUCAUUAUUUUGUAUCUGCAUCACUGGACUAAUAUGGCUUCUCCAAACUAGGGGAAAUGGUGAACGAUGUGAAUCCGGGUGCCUCUAGGACUAGCUAUAGCAGAUGAGCAGAUCCUGACACCUCUAGGAAUACAUAGUAUUUGAGAGAACAGAUUGCAUGACAGGUUGUAACAAGCCUGAGCGUUCCACUGAUCCCCCUCCUCUAUCAGUCAAGAAACCAUGUUUCUCCCCCUUCUAAUUUACACUUCUCCUCUAAUAGACUGGUUUGAUUGAGAAUAAAAAAUAUUUUACCGCCUGUUAACCUCUAAGAGCCUAGUUAUUGCCCCCCUCCCUCCAUUGUGAAUGCAGGUAUAUAAAAUGCUACAUUAAUAUGGUUGUGCAAUAGCCCGGAGAGGAGAUUUGAGGUGCAGUCCUGUAGUCCUGUAUUAUCUCCUUUCUAACAGUGUGCGUGGGCAGCCUUGUCACUGCUUAUUCUCCCAUAAAUACUUGGGAAAGAUGGUGGCUCCUAACCCUUUCACUACAAAUUGCUUUAUUGUGCAAUGAAUUCAUGCUAAACUCCUGGCUGCAGAUUAUCAGAACAGGUUCAGACAGUGCUGUGUUUAUAUCUAAUAUAGUGUAUCCUACUGACUGCAGAUUGUCAGAACAAGUUCAGACAGUGCUGGGUUUAUAUUAAAUAUAGUGUUUCCUAUUGGCUGCAGAUUAUCAGGACAGGCUCAGACAGUGUUGGGCUUAUAUCUCAUAUAGUGUAUCCUACUGGCUGCAUAUUAUCAGGACAGGCUCAGACAGUGCUGGGUUUAUAUCUAAUAUAGUGUGUCCUACUGACUGCAUAUUAUCAGAACAGGCUCAGACGGUGAUGGGUUUAUAUUAAAUAUAGUGUAUCCUACUGACUGCAGAUUAUCAGGACAGGCUCAGACGGUGAUGGGUUUAUAUUGAAUAUAGUGUAUCCUACUGACUGCAGAUUAUCAGGACAGGCUCAGACGGUGAUGGGUUUAUAUUAACUAUAGUGUAUCCUACUGACUGCAUAUUAUCAGGACAGGCUUGCAUAUAUAAUGCAGUGUAUCCUACUGACUGCAGAUUAUCAUGACAGGUUCAGACAGUGCUGGGUUUAUAUCUAAUAUAGUGUAUCCUACUGACUGCAUAUUAUCAGGACAGGCUCAGACGGUGAUGGGUUUAUAUUAAAUAUAGUGUAUCCUACUGACUGCAGAUUAUCAGGACAGGCUCAGACGGUGAUGGGUUUAUAUUAAAUAUAGUGUAUCUUGCAGAGUGCAUAUUAACAGGACAGGCUCAGACAGUGAUGGAUUUAUUUUAAAUAUAGUGUAUCCUACUGACUGCAGAUUAUCAGGACAGGCUCAGACUGUGAUGGGUUUAUAUUAAACAUAGUGUAUCUUGCAGAGUGCAUAUUAACAGGACAGGCUCAAACAGUGAUGGAUUUAUUUUAAAUAUAGUGUAUCCUGCAGACUGCAGAUUAUCAGGACAGGCUCAGACUGUGAUGGGUUUAUAUUAAAUAUAGUGUAUCUUGCAGAGUGCAUAUUAACAGGACAGGCUCAGACAGUGAUGGAUUUAUUUUAAAUAUAGUGUAUCCUGCAGACUUCAAACUAUCAGGACAGGUUCAGACAGUGCUGGGUUUAUAUCAGACAGUGCUGGGUUUAUAUAUAAUGUAGUGUAUCCUACUGACUGCAGAUGAUCAGGACUAGAGAUGUCGCGAACCGUCCGCGAACUUCUCGCGAACUGUUCGUGGCGAACUCCGGUUAGCUGACACAUCCCGGCCAAUCUCCAGCAGACCCUCCUACUUUCUGGACAGCAUCCAUGUCAACAUGGAUGCUGUCCAGGAAGUAGGAGGGUCUGGUAGGGAGGGUCUGCUGGAGAUUGGCCGGGAUGUGUCAGCUGACCGGAGUUCGCGGACGGUUCGCGACAUCUCUAAUCAGGACAUGCUCAGACAGUGCUGGGUUUCUCUAUAUGAUGUAGUGUAUCCUACUGACUGCAGAUUAUCAGGACAGGCUCAGACAGUGCUGGGUUUAUAAAUAAUGUAGUGUAUCCUACUGACUGCAGAUUAACAGGACAGGCUCAGACAGUGCUGGGUUUAUAUUAACUAUAGUGUAUCAUACUGACUGCAGAUUAUCAGGACAGGCUCAGACAGUGCUGGGUUUAUAUCUAAUGCAGUGUAUCCUACUGGCUGCAGAUUAUAAGGACAGGUUUAGGAAAUGGUGGGAGUAUUUUUUAUGUAAUUUUCUAUCAGGAAUUAUCAGGUCAUUCUGCAUUUAAUUCACACUGAACACUUCAGUGCAGCUAAUGAAGGCUGAUCUUGGCUGAUGUAAACAGCUGUGGGUAUACAGGUUUUUGCUGUUAAGAUGAUAGUAGGGUGUGCCCAGUUCUGUACACACAGGGGCAUGCUGGGGCACACUCCGGUUACACGCACAUUAAUGUUGCAUAACGUGAUAAUCAGUGUGUAGGCUCCUCCAAUGUGCAGAGAAACAUGCUCGGUCUUCUAUCAGAGCUCACAGAGACAAGGAGCAGUAACAAAGACACUAAUGAAAGCAGAAGACGAUGGGUGUAGUGUAUCCAUGUGAAAAAGAGCAUGUAAUUAAAGAUGAAGUGAAAACACCAAGGAAUUUAAAAACGCAAAUGCAUUAAUUUUUUGAUUUGUUUUCUUCCACGUUGUCAAUUUUAAACUUCUUUCAUGUUCUUCUCUCAACUUUUCUCUCUAAUUUUUCCAUGAAAUGCUGCUAAUAUAUAUCUCUCUGUCUUCUGAUUUUGCCCUAAAUUGCUGAUUUUCGUUCUCUUAUCUUUACCCCCUCAGCCCUCAACAUGCUCUUUCUAUCUCUGUCUUUUUUCCUCUCUCAAGCUCGUUUCCUCGUUUCUUUCCUUGUUUUAUGCUUUGUCAGCUCUCUAUCUCUCUCUCUUGCCAGAAUGCGCUCUCUCUCUCUCUUUCUUCAUUUCCUUCCUUCCUCCCUUUCCUCUAUAAUUUUUCCCUAUUUUUUACUAUCUAAGAUUUCCCCUCACCUGCUGUCUUUUUUACAUGUCUCUUCCUGAUUUUCCCUCUCAUUUACCCUUAUGUGGCUACUUAGUUUUCCAACUCUCUCUAUCCGAAUUUUCAUCACACCCUGCUCUCUCUUUCUCUACAGGUUUUCCCUUUCACCUGCUUUAUUUUUAUUCCACAAUUUUUUUACACUCAUCCGCCCAAUCUAAUCCGUUUUGUUUUCCCGACAGACUCUCUCUCUCUAUCUCUCUCUGUUUGUUUCUCUCACAAAAUGAAUACAAAGUAGAGAAUAGUUAGACGCAGCAGUGGUGUUUAUACUUCCCUCGUGUUUCUAUAACCUUCGCUCCUCAAUUUUCAUAUAAUACCACACAAAAGGAUUUUUUCUUUGCUUGCUCUCUACAGCUUUCCACCCUUAUUUACUCUUUCUUUCUCUCAAACAUUUUCCCUACAUCUCGGACAUUUUUUCCCGUCUAAGUCUUCACCCUGAAUAACUCCCUAUUUCUCUCCCUCUUCUCUCUUCAUUUGUAACAAAAUUUUCCUGUUUUUCCUCCUUAAUGGGCCCUCUUUCUUUCUCGUUGCUCUCUACUGGUUUUCCCCCCUCAACCACUAUCUCUAUCUUUUUUGAUUUUCCCCCUCAUCCACUUUCUUUCUCUUUCCAUUGGUUCCCCUCCCCAUCCACUUUCUCUCUAUUUCCAUUGGUUCCCCCCUCAUCCACUUUCUCUCUCUUUCCAUUGGUUCCCCCCUCACCCAUUUUCUCGCUUUUUCUAUUGGUUAUCCCACUCAUCAACUCUUUCUUUCUAUUGGUUAACCUAACAACUCUCUAUUCCUAUUGGAUCCCCAUCCUCUCUCUUUCUACUGGUUUCUCCCCUUCACCUUUUCCCUAUUUACUCUCACUUACCUGUUUGCUUGCUUUUAUAUUUACCCCCUCCAAGACUCCUUUGCCUCCAUUUCCCCCAUAUCUGCUCUCUACUGCUGCCCCCUCACCCAUUAUCUUUCUCUGUUGGACUCCUCCCCACCUGCUGUCUCCUUCAUUUUCCUGCAUGUUCCAUCUCUUCACCUGCAUUCUUAUCUCUGUCAUUGUUUUCUCCUCACUGGCAUUUUCUUUCUUUGCCCCCAAUUUCCCCUGUUCUCCUAUCUUCUUACCUGUUUUGCUCCUCACCUGCUCUUUUUGUCUUGUUUUUCCCAGAGUUAGCCUUGGACGAUUUUAUCCUCACGCACACUCUGUUUAUGCCAACGGAAGAGCUUCUUCGUCAAUUACAGCAAUAAUAUCCUUUUACAAAAUUGAAGGUUUGUUUGUGGCAAGUGACCCUAGUGGACAUUAAAAUGGACUAGUAGAAAAGGCUAGUACCUGGGGGUAGGUUGAUGUGCAGUAUUUCUCAUGGAGAGGGUUAAAUAAGGGGUAUAUUUGGGGUUUUCCUAAAAAUAGUUAAUUUGGGAGCACAGAUUUGCCAUGUCCUUGUCACUGCAAGCUAAUGUAUUUGUAAAAUUAUUGCUGUUCCUAUAACAUCCUCUUAAGUUUAUCAUAUCGGUAAUAUUAGUUGGAUCAUCCUCAUAUUGUUUUAUAACCUAUAAUGGAAGCUUUGGUGAUAAAGCUCUACUCACAUUCCACUAAUUAAGGUGGUCAUGCUCCUGCAACAUAACAUGUUUUAACCGUUUUUAUGAACUUACGUUAAUGAGAUGUUUUUUGAGAUAUAUUCUAAUAUUCUAGAUUUAUCAAGGAAAAACAGGUCCUACUAUAUGGCAAAUUAUUAAAUAUGGAGCAAUCACCGUGGGAACAAAUAGAACGUUUCUCCACAUUUAGCAAUUUGCAACCAGUGUUAAUUUUGGCGGAAAAUUUCAAUUUAGUUUUAGUCAUAGUCAUUUGACUAAAAAGCUGUUUUAGUCGUAUUUUAGUCAUCUCAACUGUUUUAGCUUUAGUCUAGUUUUAGUCGACUAAAUCUCAAAAAUUUUAGUUGACUAAAAUUUUAUUAAAAUUGUUAGUCGACAAAAUUAACACUGUUUGCAACCAACAUUGUAUGUCUUUUGCCCUGAUAAAUCUCCCCAUUGUAUUAAAGGACCACUAAAGUCUCCCAGAUGACUUUAUUUCAAUGACAUGGUCUGGGCACAGUGGUCCUGUAUGUUUAACCCUUCAAGGUAAAACAUUGACAUUUUGCUGAACUGAUAGCCACCAGAGGCGCUUCCACUAUACUGGCCAAGUAACACUUGGUUACGUGAUGUUGCAGCUUGUUGGAAAGCAUUUAUUCAUUAUUUGACUGUAGCAAUAAUUUUUAUUCUGUGAUAUUAGAUCACUUGUGACUGUAGCAUUAAAGAGACACUAUAGUCACCAGAAUCACUGCAGUCUCCCUCCGCAUGGAGACACUAAACUCUCCCCAUAGAGAUGCAUUGAUUCAAUUCAUCUCUAUGAGCAGGUGCUGAUUGGCGCAUGCGCAAUAGCCUCCCAAUGCUUUCCUAUAGGACAGGAUUGGAUUGACUGAGAUCAUCAAGAUUGAUGAUCUCAGCCAUGGAGGCAGGACUAGCCACAGCAAGACAGGUGCCGCGAGGGAGAAAAGUUAUGUUUAAUCACCUUUUCAUUACGAUCUAGGGGGGAGAGUGGGGUCAUCUAAAUACCCACUCCAGGACUUUAAGGUUAACAAUUUAUGUUUGUAUUCCUAACACUAUAGUGUGCCUUUUAAUGUAUAUUUAGUAAUAUCAGAUCCCUGGUGACCUUGAGUUAGUUUUUAUAUUAGCAUUAUGGUUAAUAAUCACCAUAUUAACAGUAUAUAAACCAAAAAAACUUGCGUUAAAUGGCAAUACCAUAGGCAACAGCCCAGCUUCUAUCUUAGGCUUUAUAAAUCCAUGUAACAUAGGAGUGUGCACACUGGAUUGCAUACAAAGGCCGCUGCUUUAUUUAAACAAAAAGAAAAUGUAGGCUAGAGUUGAGCUUUAUGUUCUCACACAAUGAAAGUAAAUUUGAAUGCAACAUGGAAAUAAAUUCACUAUACAUCUCUGUACAAUACACUGGCACUUUAUCAGUACAUUUGGCAAAUUAUAUUUAAUCAUGAGUUUGCUGCUAGAGAGUCCUUAGCAACACAAUAAUUAAAACAGUUUCCUAGCGUUUAAAAUGAAUUAGGUAAGUUAGAUGAUUGUUUGAAUAUAUACAUAAUAAAGCAAAAUAUAAAUAACUGGCAGUCGAUAAUGGCGGUUUCUGUUGAAGUGCUCCAGUGCCUCCAAAUCAGUGUUGUGAGCUCCCUAUACAUUAACAUUUGUAUGUCAAUAGUAAUAUUACAUUUCAGUAAAAUUUUAUAGGUUUAAAGUCUAGGAGAAAACGAAAUCUAUAAAUUGAUAGUGUAUCAGAUUUUAAUAUACCCAUUUUAUUCAUGGGUACAUAAAUUAAAAAAUAAUCUAAUAAUACUUCCUAUUCCAGUGUGUUUUGUGGUCUUUCUGGCUUCCACUCCUUCAAUGUUCAUUAUUUUAGCAAGUUUUUUUAUGCCAUGUGGGAUUUGUUUAUGUAACUGCACAGAAUUCAGUAUAAUUUUGCAUGGGUCCAUCAUCUUUGCUGAUCACAAGAAUUAAAUGGAAAGCGUCCUUACUCAUGCUUUUCCGUAAUAUGUUUAUGUAUGCCUUUUUGACAAAUAUGUUAUAUGUGGGGUUUGGAAAAUAUCAGUAAAUGUCCAAAUCCAUACCUUUCUAUCCUGCAUCUGGGUACCGCCAUUUUAUCUCCCUAUCAAUCAUUUUUAUAUUCUCUGUCUUGUGCACCUAACUCAGCAUAGAGAAAGCCUACAGGGAAGAUCAGACAUGAAACCACAUUUCUAUUUCUCCUCUUUAUUUUGCAAUGUUUGUCCUGGUUUUACCGUAUCUGAACUGGAUUAUGAUGUAAUUUGCUAAAUCUUUACUACAAAUUCCAAAUAAAGCAGAGCAUUUCGUAAAAGCAGUUAACACGAGUAAAUUUCAGAGAGUGACAUUUCUCUUUAAAUAUUGCACUUGGUUGCUCUUUUUUAUAAUGCUAGCACCUCACAAUUGCUGUUUACAUAUGUUAUUUUGUAUCAGAGGAAUGCCCUGCUUGAGCACAGUUGACCCUACAGGGCAGCUUGAGAAUGUCACGGGGGUUAUGAUGACAAUUUUCUUCAACUUUAACACUAUACUGUAUAAUAUAACAGCUACAACUCAGCCGCCACUCAUUGAAUGUUAUGUAAAAGGUCUUGAGAAUUCUACGAGUCCAAAGGAACGUUAGGGCACAGGUGGCACACACCAUUGGUUAGGGAUCAUUUAUGUAGAUGAUUGUGAAGGUUGCAAGAAAGUGACUUUCAGAACUCUUUGAAUAGAUGGGCUUCGAGGAGCAGUUGAGGCUAUGAAAGUUGGCAGGGAGUCAAACGGGAGAAGGCAUUGCAUUCUAAACAGAUGCAGCACAAGAGAUGUCUUGGAGAUGAGUCUGGGAAGGAGCAAAUGUCACAUAGCUGCAAAUCAUUUCCAGUCUUUGUGAUGCUUGGCACCAUGUUUACCAGGCUCCGAAGUAUUUAAAUGUCUGGAGUACGUGUGUCCAAAUGUGGCUCUUAAGCUCUUGUUUGGGACCACAAAUCCUGUUGGCAAGUAGAAAUUAUGAAAAUUAUAGUCUUAUAACACCUACAGAGUCUUUGUUUGGUAUUCUUGCUGUAGAGCAGCGAUGGUGAACACUGAUGAGCCUGAGUACCCACUCAUCUUUAGAAAUUGUGUACCUAAUCAAACAGAGACUUCUUGUGCUGUCUCUCACCUACUCUUCCUUUAAAUUCCUGCCCAAGAAGGACCCCCCUAUCUUUCAUUUACCAGGUUCUCUGCUCCACUAAAAUAAUCUUUGCCGUUAUCACUUCUUACUGCGACAAGUCACUUGGCUAUGUCACAACACAUCAAGCUCAAUAUUUUCACAAAAUAGAUAAACGCCCUGUAGGCAGCCCCUUAGUGCCAUGUGUGGCACCCUUUACUUAGGAACAGUACCACUGCUCGAGACCACUGGUUCCCAUCAAGGAUGCCAGUUCUUACAGCAUACUUGGCAUACCAACGAUCUAGAUUUUGGUUGUACCACCAUUAGAAUAAAAUUGUUCAAAAAUCCUCAACCAUUGUCUGUGGUUGUGCCUGACGUACUGGUUUAGAAACCACUGCUCUAGUCACAAUUGACCCACUUUCGGUGGAACACGGAUUUCGGGGGUCUUCUCCCACUGUAGUUCCAUGGUGUUCCACAUCUCCAAGGCACCCUGGUCCUGAAGGCCAGCCAGGCAACCUGUCAAAGAAUGAUUUAAAUUGUUUAUAGAUGACUGUUUAAUUAAAAAUUUAAUUAGCCUUUGUAACAGUUAUUAUUUAGAGGAAAGAUCCAUCUGCUUUGAGUUUGCUAAACAGCGUGUUCAGUAUCAUAUUUUGAACGCCAGAUUGGAUGUUUUCCAGACCCCGGUAUGUUCUGGAUAAAGCCCAUUGAUAUAGUGCUUUUUAAUGAGUAUAGGUUACAUAUUUAUCUUAGAAAUAAUCUAUCACCUGGAUAAAAAUCAUUAAAAUGUAGAUUCAAUGUCAAUAUAAAAAAAAAACAAAAAAAACUGUAUUGUGUGAUAUGAAAUAUUUUUUUUUUAAGUCUUGGUAAAAUAACUUAUCUAUAUUCUGUCUAUAUGUAAUUUUGUACCAAUUUUUUUUUAAAUGUUGUUAUUAUUUGUAAAUAUGCAGAUUACUUUUUAAGAUGCUGUGAUGGACCGCCUGGCACCCCGACUGGGUACCUCCGCCAAUCGAUGCUUCCUAGCUGAUGCUGAGGACCAUAAGCACCGCACCGGACACCAUAAGCACCGUAGACCCCACGAAGCGCCACAGCUUGGUUGGGGUCUCGCUGUCCCUUCCCGUCCUGGACCAGACUCCUGAGUCCAGAGACUUAGUGGGAAGGCCUCUCCUCCAGAGAGUAUAGCUGUGAAGCUCUUACAAGAGCUAAUGAUAUAGCUGUGAAGCAGGUUCCCUACAAGCACUAGACGAGGCUACGUGUUGAGGGUUAAGCAGGAACUCUCUGCAGUCCAACGUGGCCGCUUCUGAUACCGGCCAAUCCUGUAGGGUCAAAAGGUUCUGCAACCUCCAAUGAAACUCCUCCUCCACUUCGAGCGCUGUCCAGGGACUAGCUGGCUACAUAUCGCUGUAGACAGGGACGCUGCACGAUACCUGGCUCUAUCCCUCCAUAUCAAUCCAUAACUAUUCCGUGGUCUCCAGGAUGCUGUUCCUCUCACGAGGAAGCCAUCCCACCGCUGCCACCAAAUGCAACGGAGCUCCAGUCUCUUCGGGGUACAGGAGCUCCAUUACAGAUGCCAACACACACAGUGGGAGUUUCAAGAAAAGGCAAAAAAGUGCAGGCGUUAUUACAAAGAUGGACAAGGAGCUAGGAUGGAGGCGCUCAGUUCUUAGAUAUAUUUUUGGAUUCCUAUAUUAAAGGUAGACUUUAAGCCAGGGGUAGGCAACCUUCGGUACUCCACAUGUUGUGGACUACAUCUUCCUUGAUGCUUUCCUAACAUUAGGGCUGUAAGAGCAUUAUGGGGGAUGUAGUCUACAACAUGUGGAGUGCUGAAUGUUGCCUACCCCGGCUUUAAGCAAUAUAUCCACUACUGCUUGUUAUUGUGGUUAGAUUGCCUAAAAUAGCCUGGCGCCAACCUCAGGUUUACCAUCAAACCUUCUAAGAGAGGUUCAAUAUAAACCAAAGCUUGUUGUAGAGGAGAUGCCCAUUCAUUAGCCAAAUACAUACUUCCUCAUUAUACCAAUAAGUGCCAUCCAACCUGGGUGACAUUGAUUGGCUGAGAUAUACUUCCCCCCUGCACUCUCAGCCAAUCAAUGUAAUUCAGGUUGGACAAAAUUAAAAGUGAUAAUAUCAAUUUAUUAGUUCUGUCUUAUUAGAUGAAUCCAGCUGUAUUCAAUCUCUGCACUCAAAUAAAAUUCCCAGUUUAUAUCAAACUGUUCUAAGGUUUAAUAUUAAAGUGCGGGGGUGAUACAGGGGUGUUGGAGGCAACAGCAGACUAUAGCGUUUAGGUUGUUUAGAGUUUAACUUAAAAUUAUUUUUUUUUUUUUUAGAUCCCACAAAACACCACCAUUUUGAAUAUGAAGGAUACGUAAACAUGAUAUUCCAAUAAUGGAAAGUGACAGUCACACUUGAAUCACUGAAAACUAAUUACCAAUUUGAUGUUACCACUGAUUGCUAUGAGGAAGAGAGGUCAAUAUUGCAAUGUAGUAAUUGCAUUCGCAAAGCAAAAAUUGGAAAUAGAAACCAACAAAAACAAAAUAUGUAAAAUUCAGAGUGUUUACUGUUAAAUAAUUAAAUGUAACAGAGCGCCCAUAGAGGGUUAUUCAUCAAAAUGACAAUAGCUGGGAAAUCCAAGAAAAACCAUAAUGAAUUUCAAGUUUAAAGCCAAAAUAGCUUAUGCAGAAGCACAGCUGACUUGGAGAAUGCCUUAAAUUUGAAAUCCACUUGAAAUUUAGACUUCAAUGAAUAUCCUUAUAGUGUUUUUUUAUGGUUCACAAAUUCUAAAAGUAUUUUUUCGUAAUAUAUUUAAGACUAAUAAUUUAAGACACAGUUCCUGAAGAUGAACGGAACCACUGAAAGCUUCAUAUUCUGUACGUUUUUGUUUGUUUUGAAAAAAAAUUUUUUUAGACAUUUUUAUUCAUUUCUUUUUUUUUUUUUAACCAGGCCCCUACUUGAAAUUUACACAAUCCAUUCCAUUUACUUUUCAAAAAUAUCCCCUUGAUUUUUAUUUAUUUCAUUUUGCAAAAAAAUUGCAGUUUAUCUUCCUAAAUGGCUAGCUGUAGGAAAUCCCUAAAUAAUGUCACCGGCAACAUUAUUACACAUUGAUUACAUAUAGUCAUCAAUUCACUGUUGUUUGUCUACUCCCACACAUCUUGUGUUCUUUAGGCAUCAUUUCUUUCACAUACAAUUAAGCAUGAAUAGCUUUAUUGAAGGAAUUACAACACCCUCGUAAUGCUUAGUUGUAAGAUUUCCAGCCCUUCCCUUUAUACUUAGUUGGAGAAGUGUUUUUUUUUUUAAAACAUCUCUUGCGUUGCGACAUGUGUUGGCUGGUAGAUGUGAGGUAGAAUAAUUCAGAACAAUGUUUGUUUCCCACCAGAAGUCAUCUACCGUUUUAAUUUGGAUAGAUUUAUAGAAAAGCCAGGCCCCAGGGGAUUUGAUUUAUUAGGGUGGAGACGGAGUUAGUGCCUAAUAGGUGAUGGGUGAGGGUAAGGGUUGGUUAUAUGAAGUAGAAAGCAGACCAAAUUUGUAGAAAUUGUGCCGAUUUGAGGGAGACAUACACGAGAAUGUUAUUUUACUUUAGUAAAUAAGGUAGCAUGCUGGAGUGCCAAAACCAUAGACACCCAUGCACUACAGAAGGAGAGAGCAGGCUGCAUUAAAGGGACAUUCCAGACCCCUAAAGCACUAUUACAAAAGUGUAAAUUUCAAUAAAAAUUGGAACUUUUAUAAAUUAUCCUUGUUACACCCCUCUGACUGUCUAUCAGACAGCAGGUCCUGUUACUUCCUGGUUUGGUUAGCUCAAUAGAGCUAAACUAAGGAGGCAGCAAGGGCUCAGAACACCUACCUUGCAAAGACUUCUCAUUGAGCUGCCUUGGAAAGUCUGUGAUUGGACAGCCACAGAAAGUCUGGGCAUGUUUAGCAGGGUAGGGUUUACAAAGGCAGCAGACAAGAGAUUUGCAUCUUUUGUUAGCUGUUUUUACAAUAUACCCCCAAUGAAAAAAAUGCAUAUUUAAAGGAACACUAUAGUGUUAGGAAUACAAAGCCCAGUGAUAUUUUGUUUAAUUUUUUUGGGGGGUUGUUUAAAUGCGCUUAUUUAUUGUUUUUUUUUUUUUUUUAUGUUAAUUAGAUAUAUUUCCAUGCAAAAAAGUAUAAUGAAAAACAAACAAACUUGGCUACUGCAUACUUUAAAUACAAGACCCAUUUCCUGUUUAAAUCAUAGUAAAGAAAUGAACAGCACCAUGUCUCUUACCAAGAGAAAUAAUUUGAUGAGGAUUAAUAAUCAAUUGCAAUAAAUGACAGUCUGGCAGUGUAGUUCAGUGGCACAUCAUGUGAUUUGCUCAGAAAUGAGGCAGUGCUGUAACUAUGAUUGUUACUGUACCAACCAGAUUCACACUGCGUGCAUGCUUACUGGCCUCUCAAUAAGGCCGCCAUCUUUGUUGUCAUAACAGCCUUUGCGUUAAAUACCCAAUGAAAGCAGUGUACGGUCUGCUUAUAUUCCCUGUUACAGUAGAGUCUCUGAGGAAGAGAUUUUAUGAUGCUAAAUACUGUUAUUUGUAAUUAGCAUGUUUAAAAUGCUCCUUAGUGGUUUUGGCACACCAAAUUUUUUUUUUUUUUAUUCCUUUCAGUAAAUAUUCAUAUACAUUUAAUGUAUUUUAUUAAUAUAUUUAACGUAAGGCAGAUUUUAGAUGCAUUGUCUUUUUUUAAGAGAGACCGUAGACAUUGACAAUUAAGAAAUAUAUAUGUUUUUAUAUACUAAAGUGAAAAUUCUAAAUUAAUUCAAAUUGGAUUUCAAAGUUAAGGCUUGGCUAGUUGCACUGAAAGCACAGCUGAAUUAGAGAUUUUUUUCCAGUUCAGCUAUUUUCACCUUAAAUUUGAAAUUCACUUUGAAUUCUCACUUUAGUAAAAAACCCUGAUAGAAUAAUAAUGUUAUACUCAUGGGUAUAGUAUUUUAAGAGGCCGUAUGGGUUAAUUGUCUCGUAGCUUGCCGUGAGUGUAUACAUCUGCCACAUGCAUGUGUGACUGCAGUUACUUAAUUAAUUAAGAAAAAUUGACUGAAGUCAAAUGACAAAUUGAAAGAAGACGCCAUUCGGUUAUUAUAACCAUAUACAAAAGUUAAAAUUUUGCCACAAUUAUUUUAUUCAGGAAAACAAAAAACAAAAGAGUGAAUCUUUGAACGUUCUAAAAAGCAAGCUUGCAGUUUCUUUCAUAAAAUGUACAUCACAAGGGAAGAUGUUACAAAAUGAAUUAUAUGGAAAUGUAUUGUUAAGAAAUAAUUUUAUGAUAGAUAUAUGUGAGUAGCUAAUAUUACCUCCUGCUAAUAGCUUAUAGAAUACAAACAUGUAUUCCUGACCCUAUUGUGUUAAAACCACCAUUUAGGUGGCUUGCCUCCCCUGUCAUCUUAUGCUUUGGUGAAAGCUUACUGUAGAAAUUGCAAAUCCUGCACAUUUAUAAUUAAUGCAGUAAGUUUAUUUUAUAUAUUAUUAUUUAUUAAACUGGGUUUAAUUCAAAGUGAAUUUCAUGUUUAAGGCCAAAAUGAAAAUACAAUGUUUGUAAGUCAGCUAUUUUGGCCUAAAUUUUGAAAUUCCGUUUGAAUUCCUGACAAUUCUCAAUUUAUUGAAUAACUUUAAUAAUGUUGGUGAUAGCACAACAGAACCACUAAAUUAGGGACAGUCCUGCUGAACCUGGUAAUCUUUCAGUCAAGGGACAUUAUAGUCUCCAGAACACAGCAUUCAGGCCUUUUAAUGUAAACACUGCCUUUUUAGAAAGGCAGUGUUUUACAUUGCUGCCUAGGAACACCUCUACAGGCAGUCACUCAGACGGCCUCUAGAGGUGAUUCCUGUGUGAGUGCUGCAUGGAGGCUCUGAACGUUCCUGACGAUUCACUGCAUCUCUUCGAGGAGAACCUGAUUGGUGCAGUGCAGAGUUUUGUUGCGCAUGCCCAAUAGCCUCCCUAUGCUUUCUCAUGGGAAAGCAUUAGAUUGACUGAGAUUGUCAAAUUUGAUGGAGGCAGAGCGAGGUGGAGCCAUCCCUGACAAGACCAGCACAAGAAAAAAUGUGAGUAAAAUAAAGUUACCUUUUCAAAGGAAGGGGAAGGAGGGCCGGUCACCUGAACAAUAAUUUUAUAAAUACAUGUUUGUGUUCCUGACACCAUAGUGCUCACACUAUAAUGUUCCUUCUACACAGUAUGUUUUUGUAGUUGCUCUAAAAUUUGCUUAACUGUAGUGAUCACAAAAACAUCAAAUUGCAAAAACAGCCAUGCAUAAAAUAGCCACGGCUAUAACCGAGUAGGAGAAUCUGUUCAAAUGUUAUUAUUUGGAUUCACUUAAUUACAAUUCUGAAUUUAGUGAAUAACCCAGAUUUCUUAUUUUUGUCUUUUUUUUUUUUUUUUUUAAAUGAAAAGAAAAUUACUGUGUGGGUUGAUAAAGGGAGUUCCAGGCAAUUAAUGCUGUACAAAUCAGAGCAUGACACAUUUCUUUUGAGCCGAAGAUAUAUGUAAAAAAAAAAAAAUUAUAUAUAUAUAUAUAUAUAUUUUAUUAUUUAUAUAGAGCCAGCAAAUUCCAUAGCGCUGUACAAUGGGUGAUAUAUAUUUUUUUUAUUUUUUUACAUUUUUUUUUAAAUUUGCUGCAGACUUAUAAAAUUGUAAACAUGUUUCUCCCUUCCUCACCCCCCCAUGCAUUUAUUAAAUGAGACCCUGUAGUGGCAGUGCAGUUUGUAUACUUCUUUUGCCUGUGUGAUACUGACAGCCAAAUAAUUAUCCCUGCAGUUGCGUGUGCAUGUGUGGAGGUGUUUUGGAACAUCAUAUAAUAUGGCAUCCCCCAUGGAUGAUGAUACUCUGCUGUGUGCAGCAUUUUUUUAUUUUUUAUUUAAGAAAUCAGCCCACUCAUGUUGCGGCUACACACCAUUUAGGCAGGUCAAUAACCGUGCUCCAGGACAUAAUUGCUAGUCACUAUGGCAACCUGGGGUUUGUCGACCCCUGCUACAUUGGAAAGAUCAGGCGUUAAAAAUAUAGGUAAAGAGAUUCUGAGAACUGUUACUACGUUUUUUUAACCAGCGGAUCUCAACUGCAUAAUGAAAUAGAAGCUGUUCUGUGAAUUUUAUGAAGAAUUUUAGGUUUGUAUAUUGAGAUCCUCAGCAUGAAAAUAAAAUAAAUCAAAUAGCAGAGAUGUAAAGUGUACAUAAAGUAAUUAUACCAUUUUAUUAAAAACAAAAAUGCCGACAUGAGAAAUAAGAUGCCAUAAAUUGUAGUACAAGUAAAACGAAUCUGUUAUAAAUCAUUAAUAAUGAAGAAUAAAAGAUAAAAUAAUAAUAAAGUGAAAAUAAAUUAGCAAAUAGGAUUAAAGGCUACUCUUGAAGCACAAAGUGUGAAGUUUAAUAAGUGACAUUUCAUGUACAUUAAUUUGAUUUGCUGUUUUUAUUUUUAACAUUAUCCAGAAUUCUAUGUAUACCAUCCGAUAAUCAGAAUUCUGAGUGUCACUGUGGGGUUACAUUCUCCUAGGUUUGUGGUUUACAUGCAAUGUCGAUACGAAUAAUGAAUCCAUCUUUUGUAACUCCAUGAACGAGGUUAAUCUUUCCCCGGCUUUGUGUUACUCUCCUUAACGUGGGCACUUUCUGUGACUGUAGUCGUCAAUCCUCUCCAGCCUGGGAGGGUAGCGAUACUGUGCAGAAGAAGCAGGCUGUCCUCUGCGCUCUUCUGCAUCUUCUGGACACCUACAAGGACUCGCUGCAAGAGGAGGAGAGAACGUUCCAGUUAAUCAAGGUUAGAAAGCUCUGCGUUAUGAGAAAGCUAACUUAAAAAGACCAAGCAGCCUGUGGCUUUCCAGCUGUGGUUGUCCUACAGCUCCUAUCAUCCUAAGCGCUGGCUCUUGUUGGAUUAUGGAUCCUGCAGGCCAAGGGUAGGAAGCCUUCGACACUCCAGAUAUUUUGGACCACAUCUCCAUUGGUGCUUUGCCAGCAUUAUGUCUCUCUAAGAGCAUUGUGAAAAUUGUAGUCCACAGCAUCUGGAGUGCUGAAGGUUGCCUAUCCCUGUUGUAGACCAAGACGAGGAGAAGGCAACAGGCUGUUUGUCCACAGUUGCUGCAUGUUUUGACUUGCCCUGCACAACAUUGCAUGUUGCCGAAUCAGAUUCACUGUUCGAUGCCUCCAUAGGAGACGUCUGGUUGUCACAUACACCUUUUGUCCCCCUUAGGAUUUCUAUGUCCUGGUGAUGCGUGAUGCUCCUAAUUUCCCACAACUGGAGGGGAACGUCAUCCGCCUGCAUCGACUGGUGGAGACGGCCGAGCUCAGGUGACAUGUCACAUAAUUGCAUAUGCUGACGGGGGUAUAUCACAUGCACUCAUUGUCACACAUGCAUGCAAUGGGUCACAGUGUAAGUCACGUGUGGUCAAAGGGUAGCCUUCCAGCUGUUGUAGAACUACAAGUACCAUAAUUCUUUGCCAAUCUCGUUGGAGGCGUACUUCCACAACAGCCUGGGUUCUACCACUUGGACACCAGUGUUUUAAGUACACAGCAUGAUGGUUCUGCACCUACACACACAGUAUAUCAUUUACUGGCACCCAGAUGGGAAACUAAUAUCGCAAACCAUGUAUUGCUAUGUCUUACCUAUUUCCAGACUCACUGAUGGCACCGCUGCACCUUGCUCAAAGCAAGUCAAGCCUCUCUUCCGCCAUUUCCGAAGGAUUGACUCCUGCCUCCAGCCUCGGGUAGCAUUCAGGGGAUCGGAUGAGAGUAAGUACCUCCAGUCCCUCUAAACAUUGCCUUUUUCUUUGUCUUGCACCACAUUGUUAAACAGUGACUUGUUGUGAAUUAAAAACAAUGGAAAUACUUUUCUGUAAUUUAGUGAAUUGAAAACCAGAUUGCAAAAUUUAAGAUACAAUAGUCAAGCUGUUACUGUAAAUGAGUUGAAAAAUAAUUCCCUAUUUGCUAUUUUAUCCUGAAUGUUGCAAUUCCGUUUUCAAUUCACUUCAAUUCACUGCUUCAUGAAUAAACCCCCUGAGUUGUGAAAUUUGUGUUCUACUCACUAACUGAUGGGUGAAAGGUUUGCAGGAUCAAUGCCUUAAAAUGAAACCUGCAAUAUUUUAUAUUAAAAACAAAAAACAACAGUUUCUUGUGAGAUUAAAUUUCAGGGCUUCUCUUAGAGUGCAAUAUUCACUUAGUGGAAUGGGGUGGUUCUUCUAAUUUAUAUAACCAAUGUAUGUGUAAUUUUAAUUUGUUUUUACCAUAGAAACCUGAUUUAACAAACAAAAAUAAGUAUAUAUAUAUAUUAUCAUGUUUGAUAUGACACAUUCCUUUGUGUGUUUUGUGUCCUGGUACAUUAGUUUGUUUUCUACACCAGUAACACAUUCUUACAUUUCUUUUUAGCAAAUAAAAUUCCAAAUUGCAAAAAUCUCAAAACUUUCUCCAACCCAGGUAUAAUAAGAGCUUGGCUGAUUUAGCCUUGAUUUUGCCAGUCGGAUUUCAAUUCAAUACAUUUAGUAGUUUUGUGAAUAACCCGGGUGAUGUCAUACAGCAUUACUUUAUCUCUCAGUCUCCGCAGCACAGUGAUAGCAACCUUGGACACCCCACCAGUUGUAGUCUAUCAGCCAUCAUGCAAUUAGUGACACAUUGUAAACAACUACUGCUGUGCCAUCAAUUAAAAAUCCCUGCUGUUGCAUCAUUUUACUUGAGUCGCUGUCUCUCGGUAGAGACCUUCUCCUUUCAUUGUGUCACCUAACUCGCUUUGUGUCAGUUUUCUGCAGGGUAUACAUGCCUGAUCAUUCCUAUGUUACGAUCCGGAGCCGCCUCUCUGCUUCUGUGUCUGACAUUCUCACAUCCGUGUCUGAAAAACUGCAGUAUUCCGAAGAGCAAGUACAGAGAGAGGAACCACUCGUCUUGGUGGCUGUUACCAGUGCUGGGGGUGAGAAUCAUUGGCAUUAUACCUUGUAUCAAUAUUAUUAUUGAUAUUACGAAAAUUGAGAACAGAUUUACAGCUAAGCCUUUAAGAGAAGCUACCAGCAGCCAUUUGUGAAAGUCAUUGAGUCUUCGUAUGUGGCAUUCAGAAUACCUGCACAAUGACACCUCACUUUACAGCGUUUCGCUAAUACAGUGUUUUUCAAUAAUAUUCAGAAGACAAAUCUCCACUAUUUUAUUUUAAUGUUAGCAAUAUGUAGUACUUAUUUUUAUUUUUGCAUCAUUUUUGGUCGAGAGAUAUUGCACACUAAAAGGAACACUAGAAUGUUAGGAAUACAAAACUGUAUUCUUAACGCUAAAGUGUUCCUCUGCACCUCCUCCCACUGGUGGCACUAAAAGUGAUAAAUAUCCCUUUUUUCCCACUUACAUAAUUCCUCGGUGCUGCCGUUGGAGGAGGCAGAGAUAGAGCCUAGUUCUUUUGGGGACUUUUCUUUGAGGUACCCAGAAAAAGGACACCAGCCCAAAAACCCUAAAGUUGCUUGGUUGGAGAAAAGAUCGAAAGGCAUAUUUCUAAUCUAACCCCCUCUCUCCUCAGAUAAGGUCCUAUUAAAGCCAGAUGAUGGCUGUAUCUUCACUACCCUGGGGAUAAACAGUCAUCUUUUUGCCUGCAACCGAGAGGAACUGCGCUCUUUGGUAAGAACCAACCAGCACCGCUGAAAGUGAAUUUUUUUAUAGGAAUGAUACAUUUACAAUGUGAGUAUAUAAUGUUAAUUUUUGAUGAAGUAGAUUUGAGGUUUUGGGGAGGUUUUGCAGGCUCAUUUUAUGGUAGUUAUAGAAGAGAUGUUGGCAAAUUCUUGUACUGGACGUUUUUGUUUACAUUUUUCGAUUUGUGUGCAGGGUUAGGUUUUUUUGUUUGUUUAGUUAAUUAAGAGUGCAUGUUGUUGGAGUUUUGUAUCAUGAAGUAUUAUGAGACACAUUGUAGUAUUUGUUCACUGGACUCAAAACGGCACAGAAUUAAUAGCCAAAUCUCAAAAAUUAGGAAACAAUCGUUGACUAUAUAGUUGAAGAUUAUUGCCAGGGAUCUCAAACUCUAGCUCUCCAGGUGUUCAUGGCCUAUAACCAGAAUUCCAAGAAGGCAGCAGAUAACUGGAUAAUCAUGGGAGUUUCAGUCCAGCAACAUCUAGGGGCCCGUGUUUAAGAUGCCUGUUGUAGUAAAAGAUGUCUAUUGAUAUAAAUACAUGUGUGUAACCUUUCAUUCAUACCUCACCGAUGCCUGAACAGGUACCACUUCCAGAGGAGGUCCAGUUACCGCCGGAGGACCCUCAUAUCCACCGGAUCGAGGCUGAGGAUUUGGCCAAUCACCUUAGCGCUUUCCAUUGGGAACUUUUCAGCUGUAUACAUGAGGUGAGCAAAUAUGGUCACAUUUUUGUGCCCAACAAGUAGCAAAGCUGAACAGCCAGUCACAUCCCUGCAUGAAAAUAGCUAUUUAAAAACAUAUUUUCGUGAAGCGAAUUAAUAGAACAGGUCUGUGUCUUUUAUCAGCUUCAUGGUGACUCAGUAUGACUUACAGAACGUUAUUCAGUAUUAUUUGGACUUAAAGGGGCACGGUCACCCCACCCCCACUGAAAAAUUAGUAUUUCAUAAAGAUAGAAUAUUUAUGAAAUACUCAUUUUAACUGUAUUGGAAUUUCACUGACAUUCCAACCCAGACAAAAGAUAUACUGAGACAAAGUAGGGACUAUUUUCUCUCUGUAUUUCUCCUCCAUCUGACUUUCUUACACUCUCGGCAGAGCUACAGAGUCAAUCCAGACAACCGUCACCAGUGACGGAUGCAGGGAAUUGGCUCCGUCUAUGAAGAAUCCUGUGAUCUCACAAGAUUAACCGUAGACCUCAAUGCUGUACUCUCGUGCAUGCGCAAGAGUAUAGCAGUGAUGUCAGAUCCUAACAGCAUAAAAGGAUUAUUUACAAAAGUGGGAAUUCAAGGUGAUUUUAAAAUUUUAAGUUGCCUAUAUUGACCUUUCAUUUUAAAUUCACUUUGAAUUCUCACUUUAGUGUAUAACCCUGUUAGGUGAUAUUUUGCUUCUGGGGGUUUAUACAGACAGCAUAAUAAACAAGUGUCACCAGAGCUUAGAGAUGGCAUUACCUUACCAUAAUACAUACUUUGCUAUAAUGUAUCAAUUAUAUUGCAUAAUAUUUUUAAAUAGGGUUAGUGCAAGUGUUAUGGUAAGGUAGGAGUUAAUGUGUAGAAUUUUUUGUGGUGUAAGAGUUAAUGUUAUGUAUGUAGGUAUAGCAUCGGGUUCAAGUUUAAAGGACCCCACCCUCAGAGUCCCACUCUCGCCGGGCUGAAGGGGGAGGAAGGGGUUAAAUUCUUACCUUUCUCCAGCGCCGGGCUCCCUUGGCGAUGGGGACUCUCCUCCCUCUUCUGACAUCAUCCGACGAAUGCGCAUGCGCGGCAAGAGCCGCGCGCAUUCAAUCAGUCCAUAGGAAACAAUUUCUCAAUGCUUUCCUAAGGACGUCAGCGUCAUCUCACUGAUUUUCACAGUAAGAAGCGCGGAAGAUGGAUUAACCCAUUUGUAAACAUAGCAGUUUCUCUGAAACUGCUAUGUUAACAGCAGAAAGGGUUAAUCCUAGAUGGACCUGGCACCCAGACCACUUCAUUGAGCUGAAGUGGUUUGGGUGCCUAUAGUGAUCCUUUGAUGAUAUUGUAGUGUACCAGCAGUUAACGUUUCGUAGAGUGUAAAGUGGGGGUUAUAGUUUAGUGAUAUUAAAAUGUAGUGUAGUGGUGAAUGUGAAGAAUGGUGUGUUAGGGUAGAGUAGAGGGCAAGUACUACUGUAUGGGUAGUACUGGGGGUUACAGUACUGAGCAACAGCUAUUUAAGCUGAUGUCACUAAAAUGGUGACAGGUGCCACUGGAGAGUAAAACUCUGAAUAAUCUCAGGCAGAGUAAGAUGUAUGUACCAGUUCUGCCCAACAUUAAGGCCCGCAGACUGCAUGGGGAAUAACUGCACAGAUGACAUCACCAUCCAUGCAGAAUAGUGUCUGGAAACAUGAUGUGCUCCCGCUUCCUCUUUUUACACUUCAGCACCUGUAUUAAUUGCAACAGAGCAGCCACAAAUCUAAUCUCAGCAAAGCAAGCCUUUCUUUCUCACCUAGUCAUACUCUAUCACUUGCAAAUACAAGCUUUGUUAAACAAGGCUAGGGUGUGGGAAUUAUAUUUCUAAUCUGAUUUUCAGUCUGCUAUAAAUGUGUUAAAUUAUUUGUUUACUGUCUGAAGCAUAUUCACCAAAAUAGGGCGAUAAUAACGGUGACAUACAAAGUUUAAUUCAGUUAUCAUUGCUGGUAUGAUUCGGUAUAACUUGAAGGAAGUGUAUAAUCUCUGGUUUAGCCACGCCUCCAGUAGGGCCGGGCCGUGUAUGGCCAGAGACCUCGAUCUAGUGUUAAACUACUUGACAAUGAUUUAACACUGAAUGGAGCAACACUGCCAGGGGACUCCAGGCAUUAUAAUGAAUUCAAUGAGAUGAAAUUGUAAUAGUGCCUACAGUGUUGCAUGAUUAUAUUAUUUAAUUACAUUGCAAUUAUUGUGCAAGGUAAACAAAUGUUUCUAAUCUGCUCUAUGAGCAGAGCACCAUCUCCUAUGAAUAAUGUAAGCUUGUUAGAAUAAGUUUUUCCGUGCCCUCUACCUCCUGAGUGCCCAAUCACAUUCUUUCUUAUCUGCAUAUGCAGUAGGCUACUCUAAUCAUGGAGCUCCGGUAGGCAUGUGGAGUUCUGCUCCGUUUGCUUAUUUUGUUGUAUUUUUGAGACAUUUUCUUAGUAGAGGAGGAAACUGUUUGAGCAAGUUAGUACUUGUGUGGCAUGCAUCCAUUCACUAGUCUCUGCUUCCUUAUUAUUACUAUUUAUAUAGUACCAAAUCACGUUAUAAUUAUGGGAUGGGAUAAAUGACAGCAAGCAAUUGACAUAUAAAAUAUAUUAGCAGAGACAAGGAGUUGAAGAAGGCCCUGCUCAAACAAACUUUGGAUCUGUGUCCUUUUAUACAUAAAUCUAUGUCCGAUUAUAUGUGAACCUGUAAAUCUAUUACGCAACCGUAUUUUCCAUUUCUAGUAAGUGUUAUGUUAAAAUAAGCAACAUGCAGACACACACACACACAAACAUGAUUUUAAAAAAUUAUCUAAAUUAUUAUAAUCCUGACUGGCCAGAGGGUCCAAAAAUGGAGGACAUUUGUAUAUUCCUUCCUUGUGAGUUAUUUACUGCUAGCUAUAAUGAGACUUGCCAGAUAAUGUCACCAGUGAUGUUGGCUCAGGUAUCCUCAUUGGUGCCUCAGUUGGUCCUAGGUUUUAUUACCUCCUAGCUCACCAUGUGUAAGAUUAUCCUUCACCCUACAGAGCAAGGGAUGGAAGAAGGUGCCGUUCGCUGGAGCCCAGGAUUUAGGGAACCAGAUAGUCACUGUGAAAUCUGUAUCAUUUUUCAAUAUUCCUUUUACUAUUGAACUUCACAUGUUAUUCACCACAAAACCUAGGGGACAUGUAAAGUCACUAGAGUGGUAGCUAUAUCAGUAAAUGAACAAAUGUUCUCUGGAAUGAAAAGUCAGCUUGGUACUUGGUCACACUAUCUACCAUUUACUGUUAAAUGAAUGAGAUAAUACAAAAAAUAUAUACAUUUGGUUAAUUUUCUGCCAUUUCUAUCAAUGAUGCUUUUUAGGACCUUACCCAUCCUAAACACUCACACCUGUUACAUCUAACUGGUGUGAGUGUUUGGGAUGCACCAAUCCACCAGCCUCUGCUUCCUUAUUAUUAUUCUAGGUGGAGUUCUGUGCCACCAUCAAUUAAUGGUCUCUUUCCCAAUCCCAGAGUUAAGUGGUAUGCAUUAGUGGCAUAUUGUCAGCAGCAAGACCCCUUAUUUAUGUGUUCAUGACAGGUCAAGCAGCAGUAAACUAUGCAUUUACUGUUCUGCAAACUUCUGCAUCGACCUUCGGAUGAGUCCUCUGGCUUGUUGACAUGCUUAUCAAAAACUGCACAACUGCAAGAUUGGCUCAAUGGGUGGAAGAGGGUCAUGGGAAAUGGACCAUGAGUGGAAAAAGGAACUUAAACUCCCUUGACUGGUAGGCACAUAGGGAUGUGACGUAAACGUGAUUCUUAUAAGGGUUUAUUGAUAAUCUUGAGGUUGGCUAUGAGACUAAGAAGAAGAGGAACUAAUCCUGUGCCUUAGAGACAGAGGUCUAAAUAUGGGAGAGAGUUGGGAAUCACGCAAAUGGUAAAAGAAGACUUAAAUAGGACAUCGGUUUCUGGCACUAGGUAAGAGCAGUCUUGGUUUGCAAAUCACUUGUCUACAUGAUGCAGGCAGACAUGUAAAGAUGUUAAGUACAAACCGAUAGAUGCAGAUUAAGUGUAGCAUUCUAUUAGAUAUCCAAUGGGAGCAAGUGUGCUGGUGCGCCACUUAGAAGGAAAAUCAUUGGAGACAGAUUACUUUGAAGCCACAAAGUAAAAUCAAUACAUAUGGGAAAAUGUUUUAUAUUCUCGGGUGGGCGUUUGAUUACAGUAAUUACAAGGAACGAGUUACUCGUAUUACAACAGAAAGAAGAUGUAAUCUAAAAACAAAACACCACGUCGCUGCUUGAAACUGUUACAGGAAGUGGAGAGAUGGCAUUAAUAAUUAAUCACGGCCAUUUGCCUAUUUAUUCCUGGAUGUGCUGAAGUCUCAAAGAUUUGUCCUCGAAAAAAAAUAACAAUUUAAACUAAGAAAAAGCCAAACCUCAAAAAGUGUAAUGAUAUUGAUGUUACAAAGUUUUGGAGUCCAGUAGCCAGAUCAGCAAUGUUUUUCUGCCAGAGGUAGCCACUUGUUACCCAGGUGGUUGAGCCCCUGAGCCUUGAGUGGCCUUCUGGUCUUAAGCAGAGAUGGGAGACUGGAACAGAAAGAUGAUAAUCGUAGUGAGGCAAGCCGAGGUCAGUGGGAAGGAGAAGCAGCAAAGUCAAAAACAGUCCAAAUUCAGCAACAGGAAGGAGAAACAGGAACACGCUGGAUUAGAGAGUACAGGAACCACAAUAAUCUGGCAAAGGUACAGAGACAGGAAGUGGCUUUUAUAGGCCAAGAACCAGACACCUGACCAGACACAGCUGAAGUGAGUUGUCACUGAUAACCUUGACUCUACAAGCAAUAGUAUCAGAUCUCAGGUAAAUUUGCAAAAGGCAGGCUGGUGUACUGGUAAGGAAAAGGUUUAGCACCAUGUAAACCAGGGUUCGAAACCCAGCAGAGUCAGUUCCUCACAUUACCUCCACCUCUACAGGCGCAGCCUCUGGAUGCCCUAUUUCCUGGUUUAGCAGGGUACUGUGCAUGGAAAGACUGAAGAAGAUCAGGAGCAUGAAUAUUGUCCACUGGUUCCCACGAUCUAUCCUCCUCACCAUAGCCUUUCCAAUGAACCAAGUAUUGAAGCUUGUUGCGGAAGAUCCUGGAGUCAAGAAUUUUUUCCACCUCGUAUUCAUCUUCACCAUCCACGAGGACUGGUGGUGGGGCAGGCAAGGCUCGACCAGGGAAAGUAUUUUCAUGAAAAGGUUUAAGCAGUGCCACGUGAAACACCGGAUGUAUUUUCAUGGAAUCCGGAAGUUGCAGACGGAAGGUGACUGCAUUGAUCUGAGCGAUUAUCUUAAAAGGUCCCAUGAACUUUUGACCCAAUUUAUGAGAAGGAAUCCUAAGCUUAAGAUUCUUUGUUGACAGCCAAACCUUGUCACCAACAUGAUAAACUGGGGCCUCCUUUCUGUGCCUAUCAGCAGCUCUUUUGUAACAUUCCUGAGCCUCCGAAAGAGUCUCCUUCAACAGUUCUUGGGAAUCUCGUAAGGCGGUUAGCCGGUCAGUGACUGCAGGAAUGGGAGUAGUAAUUGGGAGACUCACUAGAAAGGUUGGAUGGUAACCAUAAUUGGCAAAAAAUGGGCUCAGAGAAGUGGAGCAGUGUUGGGCAUUGUUAUAGGCAAACUCCGCCGUGGGUAGAAAAUCCAGCCAGUCAUCCUGCAGGUAACUAAUAUAGCACCGCAAAUAUUGUUCUAAAGUCUGGUUGGUUCGCUCAGUCUGUCCAUUACUUUGUGGAUGAAAAGCUGAAGACAGAUUUACAUUAAUACCUAGAAUAGAACAAAAAUAUUUCCAAAAAUGAGAUGUAAACUGCACUCCCCUGUCAGAAAUUACUUCAUCAGGCACUCCAUGCAAGCGAAAUAUUUCCCGAAUAACAAGGUCAGCAGUCUGUUUAGCUGAAGGGAGACCACGAGCUGGUAUGAAAUGACUCAUCUUGGUUAACCGGUCCACAACAACAAGAAUAGUAGUGUGUUCCUUAGAGGGAGGUAGUUCCACAAUAAAGUCCAUGGAUAUAGAUCCCCAGGGACGAUGAGGAAUCGGAAGAGGCUGAAGCAAGCCAACAGGGGAUGAGCGAGGAGUUUUAUGUCUGGCACAUACAUCACAAGAUGACACAUACUUCUUAACAUCCUCAUAAUAUUUAGGCCACCAAAAGGAUCGGGUAAGUAGUUCUUGUGUCUUUCGGAUUCCUGGAUGACCUGCUGGUUUAGAGUCAUGGUAGAGGCGUAAAACGUCCAGUCGCACUGAUUCUGGAACAAACAGGCGUUGUUGAAAAAUCCAAAACCCAUUAAGCAUGGUCAUAUGAAGAUCACGAGGAGGAUCACGAAAAACUGGAUCUUUAGAGUAGCCCUUUUUAAUGCGAGACAUUAGAUCAGAAGGAAAGGUAACUCCUAAAAAUCUGCUCUCCGGCAAGAUGGUGGCCUUGGUUACUGUAGUAUGGAGGGGGUCAGCUAUCCUAGACAAGGCAUCCGCCUUGCCAUUUCUGGAACCAGGGCGGUAUGAAAUAAAAAAAUUAAACCUUGAGAAAAAUAGGGACCAGCGUGCUUGUCUGGCUGACAGUCUCUUAGCGGAUUGGAUACAUUCCAGAUUUUUGUGAUCUGUGAGGACAGUAAUUGGAUGGGUGGCUCCCUCCAAGAGAUGUCUCCAUUCGGUGAAGGCAGCUUUUAUAGCCAAAAGUUCUUUAUUCCCUAUGUCAUAAUUUCUUUCUGCUGGUAACAUCUGGCGGGAAUAGAAGGCACAUGGAUGUAACAACAUCUUAGGUCCAGUCCUUUGAGACAGUAUAGCCCCAACAGCUGAAUCAGAAGCAUCUACCUCUACAGUAAAUGGCAAUUCUGGCUGAGGAUGUACCAAGAUAGGGGCAGAUGUAAACAGAGUCUUUAAUCUGGAAAAUGCAGUGUCAGCCUUAUUGGACCACUGAAAAGGAGUCCCUUUACGUGUAAGUUCAGUGAUCGGUGUAAUAACGGCAGAGAAAUUCUUAAUGAAACGCCUGUAAAAAUUGGCAAACCCCACAAAUCUCUGUAUAUCUUUUUCAUUCUUGGGGAUGGGCCAGUCCAGCACAGCUUUAAUUUUACUUGCGUCCAUACUUAAACCUUUAGGAGUUAUUACAUACCCCAGGAACUGAAUUUCUGUUUGUUCAAACUCACAUUUUUCCAGUUUAAUGUAUAGGUGGUGGGUACGAAGGCGCUCAAGAACAAUGCAGACCUGUUUUCUGUGAUUUUCAAGAUUAUCAGAAAAUAUCAGGAUAUCAUCCAAAUAUACCACAACAAACUGAUCCAGGAGAUCCCGUAGUACAUCAUUGAUUAGAUGCUGAAAAGUUGCAGGGGCAUUACAAAGCCCAAAUGGCAUUACUAGAUAUUCGUAAUGUCCGUACCUGGUUCUGAAAGCUGUUUUCCAUUCAUCAUUUGGUCUUAUGCGAACCAGAUUAUAUGCCCCCCGUAGAUCAAGCUUCGUAAAUAUUUUAGCUGAACGAAGUCUCUCCAGAAGUUCAGGAAUGAGAGGCAAGGGAUAACGGUUUUUAACAGUGAUUUUAUUAAUGUCCCUGUAAUCGACACAUGGCCGUAGACUGCCAUCUUUCUUUUCUACAAAGAAUAUAGGAGCUCCUGCUGGAGAAGUGGAUGGUCGAAUAAAGCCUUUGGCAAGAUUUUCUUGUAUGUAUUCACGAAGUGCUUUCAAUUCAGGCUCAGAAAGGGAGUAUAUACGGCCAAAUGGGAUAGCAGCUCCAGGUAGCAGCUCUAUGGGGCAAUCAUAAGGCCUGUGAGGUGGAAGCUGAUCAGCAUUCUUCUUAUCACAGACAUCUGCAAAAUCCCGAUAUUGUAGCGGAAGCUUAGUUAAGUUUGUAGCAACCAUUUCAUUAAUUGUUGUGGUAACAGGUGUCGCCUUAGAGGGUUGACAAUUCAUUAAGCAGUGUUCUGAAGGAAAGGACAAAGUUCUAGUCUUCCAAUCAAUCUGUGGGUUAUGCAGAGCAAGCCAGGGUAUACCCAAAAUCACUGGAAACUGUGUUGAGGAAAUUAGGUGGAAAGAUAUAGACUCAUGGUGAUUCACUUCCAGAAUCAAUUUUAAGGGCACAGUCUCAUGUGUAACCGGGCCUGACGUAAGUGGAGAACCGUCUACUGUUUCCAUUAACACAGGUGAAGAUUUAGGGAUAGACUGAAUUUUAUUUCCUGCUGCAAAUUUAAUGUCCAUAAAGUUUCCGCCUGCUCCGGAAUCUAUCAUAGCUGUAGUUGAAAUUUUAUUAUCACCAUAUUGCAAAGUGAUAGGCACCACCAAAUGAGGAUGUUGAGUCAUCAUACCUUCUUCACCCUGAGCCAGAGAAAACAAGGGUUGUGUGACAGAAUCCAGUUGGUCUGAAAUCUGGGAUUGGUGUUGAAUCUGUGCACCCUCAGCAGUCAUAGCUAUUGUUCUUUUAGACUUGUUAGGGCAAUUGAUGGCAUAAUGCCCUGCACUACCACAAUACAGGCAUAAGUUGUGAGUGCGUCGCCACUGUUUUUCUUCAUUGGAUAAUGGCCCUCUUAUUAGAUCUACCUGCAUAGCCUCAGGUUCAGAGUCUGUAGGUGUUUGUGGGGUCGGAGUAGAAAUUCUUGAAUAGAAAGUAGGAGUAGCACUUGGUUUAAAAGAGCCCUGUCUUUCCAAUCUUCUUUCUGAAAGUCUCCGAUCAAUACGGAUAGCCAACCGCACAAAUGCAUCAAACUCAACAGGAAGAUCAACACGAGCUAGCUCAUCUUUUAUAGCUUCUGAGAGACCCCUUCUGAAGUGGAACCUCUGGGCUGAUUGGUUCCAAGUGAUAUCAGUAACCCACUGUCUGAAUUCAGCAGCAUAUUCAGCCACAGAGCGCCUCCCUUGAUGUAAAUGAAGGAGAGUGGCUUCUGCUGUAGCACAGCGAUUGGGAUCAUCAAAAACUAGGCACAUGGCCUCAAGAAAGUCUUUUAAAUUUCCCAAGAUUGGACUGUCCUGUUCCAGAAAAGGGGAGCCCCAGGCCAGGGCUUCAUCUUUGAAGAGGGAAAAAAUAAAUCCCACCUUCUCUCUUUCAGAUGGAAAACGGUUAGGUAACAUCAUGAAAUGCAAACGGCAUUGAUUUAGGAAACCCCUGAAUUUUUUGCGGUCUCCUCCAAAUUUUUCUGGUAGAGGCAAGCGGGCAUCUUGUGCAGGUGUAACAGUAGUAGUAGCAGCAGCCGCAACAUCAUGUGCCCUGUAGCUGGUAAGCUCACUAUGCAUUGAUCGAACUUCAUUUUGCAGUUCAGCUACCUGAUCCUGCAGCACUUGAAUGGUCUGUGCCUGGGUCUGCAUAGUUCUUGCAUUAAAAGCAACCUGCUGGGCCAAUGCAGAAUCUGAUCCGACGGUCUCCAUGAAUGGGCCAGAUUAUUCUGUAAUGAUAUUGAUGUUACAAAGUUUUGGAGUCCAGUAGCCAGAUCAGCAAUGUUUUUCUGCCAGAGGUAGCCACUCGUUACCCAGGUGGUUGAGCCCCUGAGCCUUGAGUGGCCUUCUGGUCUUAAGCAGAGAUGGGAGACUGGAACAGAAAGAUUAUAAUCGUAGUGAGGCAAGCCGAGGUCAGUGGGAAGGAGAAGCAGCAAAGUCAAAACAGUCCAAAUUCAGCAACAGGAAGGAGAAACAGGAACACGCUUGAUUAGAGAGUACAGGAACCACAAUAAUCUGGCAAAGGUACAGAGACAGGAAGUGGCUUUUAUAGGCCAAGAACCAGACACCUGACCAGACACAGCUGAAGUGAGUUGUCACUGAUAACCUUGACUCUACAAGCAAUGGUAUCAGAUCUCAGGUAAAUUUGCAAAAGGCAGGCUGGUGUACUGGUAAGGAAAAGGUUUAGCACCAUGUAAACCAGGGUUCGAAACCCAGCAGAGUCAGUUCCUUACAAAAAGACUAAUAAGACAAACAUGAUAUCCACCAUAUUGGAAGAGGCAGCAUGUGGAAAAAUUGGCAAGAUUUGGAUAUGUAGUAGAGCAUUCCGCAUAGGCACUAAGAGAGUUUGGAAACAUAUUAGAGCUGGCUAGAUUUGAUAGUUUAGUGGGAGUAAAAUGUCCAGAGUGCAAGGGAUAAUUAAACCCCUUGUGUAACCUGAUUGCCGCAACUCCAACAAAACAGGGGAUAACUUGUAGAAAAUAAUGAGCUAAUGGUCCUAGUUACUCUCUGUGUUCCCAUUAGGAGAAGGAAGUUGGUGCCGAGCCUAUGGUUCCAUGAUAUCUCAGCAUACCGCACAAACAACUGUCCCAUUCAAUAUCACAAGAAGUACCCAUAAAGCACCCAUUUUUAUGUUAUUGAAGUUACCUGUACAAUGUAAGGUCUGUGAGAUUUUUUUGUCUGCUAUAUGUUGCUUUAUAUACUAUUUUUGAGCAAAAAACCUGUGCUUAGAAAAAUAGAAUGUGACGGCAGAUAAGGCCCAUCUACUCUGCCAAAUUUUCUAAAUACUUUCAUUAGUCCCUAGCCUUAUCUUAUAGCUAGGUAGCCUUAUGCCUAUCCCAUACAUACUUAAACUCCUUCACUGUGUUAACCUCUACCACUUCAGCUGGAAGGCUAUUCCAUGCAUCCACUACCCUCUCAGUAAAGUAAUACUUCCUGAUAUUAUGUUUAAACCAUUGCCCCUUUAAUUUAAGAAUAUGUCCUUUUGUUGUGGUAGUUUUUCUUCUUUUAAAUAUAGUCUCCUCCUUUAGUGUGCUGAUUCCCUUUAUCUAUUUAAAUGUUUCUAUCAUAUCCCCCUGUCUCGUCUUUCCUCCAAGCUAUACAUGUUAAGUUCCUUCAACCUCUCCUUGUAAGUUUUAUCCUGCAAUCCAUGAACCAGUUAAGUAGCCCUUCUCUGAACGCUCUCUAAAGUAUCAAUAAAAAUAAAAAUGUUCAAAUUGAGGAGUCAAUGAUAGUCAAGUCAAGAUUCUGAAAAUAAGUUAUCAUUCAUGAUUCUUAAAGGGGGCACCAGGAUUUGAACCUGAGACAUCUUGAUCUGAGGUCAAAUGCUCUACAACUGAGUUAUACCCCCAAUAUACUUCUUGGGUAUUUCUUGUGAUAUUGAAUGGGGCAGUUGUUUGCGUGUUAUCCUGAGAUAUUAUGGGCCUAUAGUGGAAGUACACUGGUUGGGACUGGCAUAAGGUGGAAGUAUAGUAUGACUGGCACGAUGUAUAAACAUAAUUGAGUUGGCACGACGUGGACAUUGUAGUGGGAUUGUCAUAAGGUGGAUGUAUAGUGGGAUUUUCAUCAUGUGGAUACUUUUGUUGGGAUUGUCAUUAUGUGGACAUGUAGUGAGAGUAUAGUGUAGUGGAAUUUGUAUAAUGUGGAGUAUUAGUGGAAUUUGCACAGUAUUGCAGUGAGGUGGUAUUGGCAUUAUAUGGACAUACAGUGGUAUUGGCAUGAUGUGGAAUUAUACUUACAUUAACAUGAUGAAGCUUGUUUGGGUUUGGUAUGAUGUUUAAAUAUGGUGGGAUUUAUAUGGUGUGGAAAAAGUGAAUUAAAAAUGAAUUUUAAAUUUUAUGACAAAUUUGUCAAAAUGGGAGCAUUGAUGACUAAGAUCAUUUUAAGUAUAGUGAGACUAGCAGCAUAUGGAAGGAUGGUGAGGACAAAUCGAGAUACGCACUGUGUACCGUGUAAGAGGGAAUGUGCCGAUAACGACAAGCAUGGAAUGCCGCCCACGUUUUUGUGCACUGUGUUAACAAGCAAUUACUCUAAUGAGGAAAUGUUUUCUGGUGUCAAUGUUAUAAGAGUCUUGCAUGAUUAUUCUGUAAACUCUGAUUGUCAAAAUUAAGGCCAAAAUAGCUGAGUUGGAGAAUUUUUCAAGAGCCACUAUUUGAGCCCCAGUUUUGCAUAUCAGAUUUCAAUCCACUACAAUGUGGAGUUAAGUGAAUCGGGUAUAUUCCAAAGUUCAUAAUGCUAUUUUAAUAUAUAAUUCACAUGUACAUGUGUUUAGGUAAAUUUUUUAGCACCAAUGCAAACAUUUGUAACACCAUUUGCAUAUACUGUACUCAUAUCCUUCUUUUCCCACAGUUGGAGUUUGUAGAUUACGUAUUCCAUGCAGAGAGAGGACGCAGAGAGACGGCAAAUCUCGAGCUACUUUUGCAGCGAUGCAGUGAGGUGCAACACUGGGUCAGUACACAAACUCUGCUCUGUGAAGGUCCAGCGAGAAGGACACAACUCCUCAAAAAGUUCAUUAAGACGGCUGCCAUGUGAGUGUUUAACACAAUAUGUAUUUUAUAUCAUGUUUACUCCUAAAAAAAAACCAAAAAACAACACAUUCAGGUAUUUAGUAAACUCUGAAUUACAUUGAUAGAAGUCCCCAAUGGAAAAAAAAAGUUUUACAAGCACCAGCAAUCUCUGUGAAAAGCAACUGAAUGUUCCUGUUGAUUUUUGUUUCCAUGGCAAUAGUUCCAGUUUUAGAACAUUGCCCACUUUUAUAAAUAUUCCCAUUAUAUGAUUUUCUCCCAUACAUUCUUCUGUACGUCCUUCAUAUUCAAUGUUUUUCUUCCUUUUUCAGUCUUAAAGAGUAACUCAAAGCACCAUAACCACUGCAGGCCUCCAGGAUUUCUCUAGCCCCGUUUCUCAGUAAUGGAGCAAACUAUUUUGAAAUGGUUUGCCCUCUUACCUGAUCUUACCAAGAGUCUGGUCUCAUGUAAGGCUAGCUGUAAUGUACAUAUGGCUUCUGCAGACCUGCAGUGCCGUGUGUGGAUCCUGACAGCCAUUCAUUGGCCAGGAUCAACACAUGACCACUUUCAGCCAAUGAAUGCAUUUCUGUGCACAGGAAUAUCUCUACUUCCGGGCUGGCUAAUGACACCCCAUUGUGAAGUUACACCUCUAGCAGUAGGGACAGGUUUAUCUCCGUAUGUGCUGUUUAAAAGUGAAACAUUGCAUAUACAGACUCCAGGCACCAUGACCACUUCAAAUCACUGAAGAGAUCAUGACACUUAGUGUAACCCUUUAAAUUAUUUUCAUUUUAUUCUUCCUGGUCCCCAUUUACUCACAUCUGUGACUCUCUUUAAUUUCUUUAUAGUUGUAAACAGAAUCAAGACCUCCUGUCAUUUUUUGCAAUUGUGAUGGGUUUGGAUAAUGGGGCUGUGAGCCGUUUGCGGGUCACCUGGGAGGUAAGUGUCAUCUAUUAUCAUUAAUUUACCUUUACACUCAUACAGUGCCGUUAUUCUCUCAUUACUAUUUCCUGUCAAUUAUUUCAGCUCGUUUUCCCAAAUUUUUCUUCCCUUUCUCAAACAGUUCAUUUCAUAACUUCAAUGUUUUCUACUCUCCAGUACUACCCCUCUCCAUUCUGUUACGCAAAAGAGUGCUUGAUAAGUUGCCCUUGCUGUACCCUCACUUUAAGAGAGGGUUAAUUAAAACUUGACAGGCAUGGCUAUGCCCCAUUCAUCAGUUUCAUUACGUUUCCAGGAUGGGGUAAUACUAAUACAGAUGUUGCAGGGAAUUCUGUAUACCCUGGUCUAAAAGUAUGUUUUAAUAAUAUACCCUCUAUUCCUUAACACUAGUAAUUCCCACGUUUGUAGAGGGUCCUAAAAAGGCAAAGGUCCUUUAUAAUAGUAUUCUGCCAGUAUGUAUUUCAUAAAUAUAUUGCAACUUUCCAAUAAGCUCUACUUGAAAAGGUUUACUGUAUGGCAGAGCAUCAAGAUAACUUAGCGGGGGGGGGCUAACUAUCGAGCCGGGCGGACGCUCUCGAGGGAGCUCUGUCACUUGACCCCCUAAAUGAAGCAAUAAUCAGGUAAAUAAUCGGGUAAUUAAACCCCAUCGACAGUGCUACUUACCUUUGCAAAAGUGGGGUUGCUCCUAACAAUCCAGCUGCGGUGUUAGCCGGAGGCCUCGGGUGUCUGGGGGAGUGGAGAGGCGGCCCAUCUCCUCUCCUAAACUGUGCUCGUGCCUGGUGCCCUAUCCCCAUCCCCCCCGUCUGGACCCGCGGGGGUGAUCCCGGUCUACCCCUUGGAGACUCCUGUCUUGUACUGAAGCCACGUGGUGUGUCAAAAGGAAAGGCUUUGAGAUCCUAGCAUGCAAAAUGGCAAACGACACGUGCUCCUCUGACUCUAAUCUAAGCUUCAGUGAUGUCCUGCAAUGCAUGGACCGGCGAUUUAAAACCUUCUGGGCACGGUUGGAAGCAUGCCUGGGUCAAACAGCACCGAGUCACACAUCCUAUACGGAGAUCCCCAGAUUGAAUCAGAGAGAUCCCCAGAUUGAAUCGGACCAGAGAGGUGAAACAACACUGCCAGCAACCCACCUUAGUCCUGGCAGUAUAUUAUCUAUUAGACCACCGCAGAGGCACACGCUUAAACCCCAAUCCACACAGGGUCACUAAGCAAUCAGGAAGAUCCUCGCUAGCCAUGAUAUGCCUGACCGAUGACCACACUGUGACCACCUAUUUGACCUCAUUUGGGAUACCAGGCUUCUCUAGGCGGGACAUUGUGCGUCCCCAACGGGGCAUAGGGUGAACACAAAGUUGGACUUGGGGGCUUUCUAUCCCUGGCAUGAUGCCUCUACUUUCUUCCCACAUUUUAUUAACACUACAAGUGUAGCUUGUCUAUGCCUUCUAGUUUUUGUUCUUAUGUGGGACUUACGGCUAGCUUGCCUGGGGCCUCCUAGAGGGUUUUUUCACUGUUGAUCUCUCUUAGUGCAUAGAGUUUACCUUUCAAGUACCUAUCGUUCAACCUCUCAUGCACUGUGUUUCUUAUCUCCUUAAUACUAUAUUUUUAAAAUGUGCUGAUUUUCCACUGUCAAGACUCUGUAUUGCAAUGUUUGACAUGUUUGUGCAUGCAUAUGCUGUCAUGGCUUUGCAGGCAACUUGUAAUUUUCAGUAUAACAAAAAUAAGUAUUAAAAAAAAAAAAAAGAUAACCAAGAUGAGAGCAUAUUUUAGAACAUUGAGGGUGCAAGUACUUUCCAUAUUCUAUUCACGGAACAUAUAGGCAGGAAAUGACGGUACCUGGAACCAGAGACAAGCACAUGAUAUAUGUAGUUAAUCACUAAAGGACCGCUGUUGGCUGUUGUUAACACUGUUUGGAGUCUUCUGGUGCCUUCUUUAUGUCCAGUGUUAUACUAAUGGUUUAAUGUUAAACAAGAGUCCCCAGCAGUCCAUCCCGUCUAUGCUGCACUGGGUAGUUGUGAGUUUCUAAGAGUGUCAGCUGACUGCUUUCAGCCUAUUGCUGCUGUGAAUUGGGGCUGUGGAAGGCUUGAAAAUGGUUUAACAAUGACUGGAAAGACAAUGCCAGGGGACUCGGGGACUAAAUUCAAUGAGAUGAAAUGGCUGUAGUGUCCCUUUAAACAUCAAGAAAUACAACGCCGCUCAUAAGAUCAAAUAUUUCCCUUAUACCAGGAUUUAUUGGCAAUAGUUUUUAAAAGAAAAAAAAAGCAGAUUUAUCCAUAAACUCUAAGUUGAAUAUAUUUUUCUUUCUUUCCCUAGAAAUUACCAGGAAAGUUCAAGAACUUGUUUCGAAAGUUUGAGAAUUUAACGGUAAGAAGGAUUUUAAAAAAUCAAUGAUUGCUAAACUAGGCACCUGCCUAUUCAAAUACUUAUUAUAGAUGUGUUUCAGCUGGUUCAAACAAAUCAAAUGCUUUUUUAAUCUACAUCCAAACUAAUUGAUCUGUCAGGCCCUCCCCCAAAUGAGAAAAAAUACCUGUAUUACCUUUUUUUAUCCAGUGGUGAGUCAGUAACAAUAGUUAUCUCUCGCAUUCCUGUCCUGAUGGAAUUGGAGCGUGUGUGGCCAUUGCAGCAAAUGCGUUAAUCAAGUGUGGCAAUCGCCCAAUAGGAUACUUCUAAUAGGGAAGCAUUGUCCAGUUUUACAAUCAUUCAAGCAGAAUGGAUUAGGAAGUCCACUAAGCUUGACGGCCAGCACAGUGUUCCCAUAUUAAUUCGUAAAAGUGCAGAAUUAUGAAAUUGACACUUGGGACAUAGGAGGAUUUCCAUUAAUCUGGCGUGUCUCUUUAAUUAGAAGACGCAUCAUUCUGUCCAGUUUGAAAAAUGAUAUAUAUUAACUAGUGAUCCAUGUAGGCGGAUGGGGGUAGUGUACGGGUGUUAUCAGGAGUGGACCAUGGAACCUGUCACUGUGUUUAUUUAGCUGCAAUGAUCUACCUGCUAUUGGUAUUUACUUAUGCCUUAAAUAGCAUGGAAACGAGCCCAAAGUAUUCCACCGUAGAAUGUUGCUUACUUGGCUCCACUUUCAUCCAAUUAAAAGACGUGUGGUGGUUGCGGCAAUGAAUGAGGAGAAGGCCUUUGUUGCUGUCAGCAAUUUAAAUAUUUGGCAGAACAGGCUGUGGCUGUGAUGUGCAUAUGGAUGCUGAAUCAUAGCUUUGCUGGUAGAUUUUGAGGUUAUUCUGAAAUAUUUUAAAGGAGCACAAUAGUGUCAGUGAUAAAAAAAUUGUAUUACUAAAGUGUUCUGCUGCUCCCCCUUGGGCCUCUUCCCAACCUCCCCCAUGAACUGAAAGGGUUAAAUAACCUGUUCCAGUGCCGGUGUCACUCUGCGCUGGCUCUGGCUCCUCCUCCUCCGACAUCUGCACUGAGUGGGGACAUGUACGCAUGCACACGCAUUAGGCCUUCCUCAUACAAUGAAUCAAUGCUUUCCUAUGGAGAUUUUGAGGAUACUGGAUGUUCUCAUGUAAAGCGUAAAGACAUCCAGCGUUGUUUCACAGAGUCAAAUUCCAUGAAAUAAAUAGACGUGCGGCUCUAAAACUGCUAUGUUCACAUUGUACGGCUAAGGGGAGCAGGAACACUGCACCCAGACAUCUUUAAUGAGCUGAAGUAGUCUGAAUGCCUAUAGUGUCCCUUUAAAGGCUUGGUGCUUUCAUUUAGAGUCCUAAGAGGUUCAAAAUGAACAGACACAGCUUCAUAACUUGCUCUAUGGAAAGGUAUCUUCUCACUUGACCGGUUACAUUUGUCCAUUCUUGGUUGCUCACAUUUUCCAUUUUCUUCUGUGCAUAUUUUCGAAAAGGAUAAGCAUUAUCAUAAAUGUAAUCAGUAAACAUUCCUGUUGUAAGAAUCUGUUCACUUGUUUAUUUGGAGAUAUUGUAUUAAUAUGAAAGUUCUCUCACAUGUUUUUAACCAUACACAGGACCCAUGUAGGAAUCACAAGUCAUAUCGUGAAAUGGUGACACGAAUGCGCCCCCCAGUGAUCCCAUUUAUUCCACUCAUUCUGAAAGGUGAACACAAGCAAGAUGUAGUCUUGUGCUUUUUCAUUGGUCCCGCCCAUCUAAAAACUCUUUCAUUACUUUUGCAUUAUCCUUCUACAGUUAUUUAGUUCUCCCUCUCUCUAAUUCUUUGGCACCCAAACUACUUUGGUGUGUGAACAAUGGUCAGAGGGUUGGCGGAUCAUCAUGUCGAUUCAUUGGGGUAGAUUUAUCAAAGUCUAGUGUUGUUAACAGUUAUAAAUAUGUAAAAGUGGGAAUAUGCCUACUGGUUCCACUCAUUUUCAUAGUGAGUGCCCCAUUUUUAGUACCUUGCACUAUUUUAGAGAACACAACAUAUUGGUUAUUAUUUUAUUAUUUAUAAAGCGCUGGCAAAUUCUGUAGCGGUGUACAUUGGGUGGACUAACAAACACGUAAUUGUAACCAGACAAAUUGGACGCACAGAAACAGAGGGGUUGAGGGUCCUGCUCAAUGCGCUUACAUGCUAGAGGGAGUGGGGUAUAGUGACACAAAGGGUAUAAGUAGGGGUAGAACAGUAGAUUGCUGGAAAAGUAUAAAUCCCCCUCAUAGCCCAUUGGUGUUGGAUUGCUAGAGGUUAGCUUACUCUGAUCUCUACCUGGUUCUCUUCUCUUUUCAUCUGAAUUUAUUUUUCACUUAUCCAUCCUUUACUUUCCUCAUUUCAAUAAACCUCUUUCUUUUCUUCUCCUAGAUCUCACGUUCUUACAUGAGGGCAGUAAAACAUUCCUCGAUGGUCUUGUGAACGUGGAGAAAAUGGUAAGUUUUGGAUGGAGUAAGCCAAUUCAUUAUAUACUAACAUUUUACUCUCCAACAGAAAACCAAAAAUAACAUGGUUAGAGUACAUCUUGAGUCUUGUUUGUCCAUUUAUCUUCUUUAGGUGACCAAAAUUUCUUCAAGUUCUCAUUUAGGUUUUCAAACUCACCUGAUUGUCAUAAUCAACACUGUUCUCCCAGGCCCUAAGUGCAAGAAAUACAAAAAAAACCUUUACCUUGUUCCAUAAAUUGAUUCUGUCUUUGUAAUAGAAAGGGGAUUCAACAUACCAUGUCAGGGCGGUACCAGGCAUGGUUGCUGUUUUGGAAUGCCAUCAUUUCGGCCCUCACUUUUGACAUCUUGCCGUGUACCUCUCAUUUCCUAAGCAUUAAUUAUAGUUUUACAGUGGGAUUCUGUUUACGCAAUUUUGCAAUUCAGUUGUGAAUUUGGAGUAGAGCACUCUCUGGUUAAAAAUACAACAACAAAAAAACUUUCGAUCCCCUACUUGUAUACAGUUCAGGAGUUAUAUUAUGAUCUAUCCUGAGUAUCUCAAUAACAUGUUGUGACCAACACUCUCCCCUGUUUUUACAGCAUGCCAUCGCAGAGAAAGUGAGGACUGUUCGGAAGUACAGAAGCAGCCAGUUACGUGAGUGAUAAAUGUUCACCGUGUGUAUGCGUGCACAUGUUUGUAGGUCAUUUAAUCUGUAGGUAGUCGGAUAGUGGUUUAAAGUCAUGCUGUCUUGAUUGUGUGAAGAAUAGUGGCUUCGCUAUUAGCAGAUUAUUCACAGUCCUGUAGAAUAAAUUCUAAGCAUACUACAUAAUUUGAUUUAUUCCAUUUCCCCUUUUUUGGGGAAAAAAUAUUUUUUCCUACCAAAAGCAGUGUUUUAUUACAACAUUGUUUUUUUGUUGUGGCAACCCCAGCUGGCAUGGUCCCUCUUGUAACAUUAAACAAAAUUAGUAAAGAAAUAAAGGCUAAACACACCUUCAAAAUUAUAGCCAAGACUAAGUUCUUCCUGCGUACUGGUCCUCCUUCGGUGACAUUCUAUCCCUUCACUCCAAGGGUAGGGCUCUUCCCGGAGGACGGGCAGAGAAGAGGACUUUUCUAGCAUGGAGAGGUGCAUGCUGUGUGUAUUGACCUCAGAAACACAAUAUGCAAGCACAAAAUUAACAUUAGACAGCCUCUCAUUCCGCUGACUAAUGACCCUGCUGAAGGUGGAGUUACCAGUAGCGAUGUGCUUUAACUCUGUAGGUGUAGCGCUUCUCAGUAAAACGUUGUACAUGCAGACUCCAAGCACCACAACCACUUCAAACCACUUUGUGGUCACAGUCCUUGGAGUUACCCUUUAAAUGUUCAGUCCUGAUCUACAAAGCAUAGGUGGGUUGUACCUGUAUCCUUUCUCUAGCUUUGCUCCAAAGCCUUAGAGUACAAUACAAAAUUAGAGUUGAGCGAUAGUUGUACCAAACAUUACGAUUUUUUGACCCCGAACCCAGACAUUUCAGUAACAGUUUGAGUUCGGUGUUCGGUGAUUUAAUGGCGCGUUUUGAAAAGCUGCAGGGCAGCCAAUCAACAAGCAUUUGACAAAACUGCCGAAUUGCGUCCUAACAAAUUAGAAAAGGGGAGGGGACCUAAUGUCCUCCCCUCUGGCCCCCACCCCUGAACCACCCGCCGUUCAGGAGGCUCACUGUUUAAUAGACAUGCCCAUACUCGCGGUAUAGCGAGUAGGAACAUAAUUUACUAAUACUAAGUAAUCUUUACUUAGCAUUAGUAAAUUUGGCUGAAAGACCUAUUCAGGUUUUUCAGCCUUUUAGUAGAUAGCUCCCUAAUACCGUGGGAAUUAGAGAGUUAUCUACUUAUUCAUUCCUGUCAUUACAUUGUCUGGCCAAGUAACUUACAUUUUAUAUGAAUGUAUGUUACUUAAUUGUUAUAAGUGUUGCAAAUGCUUACAGCUGAAUCCUGGCUAUGUUUGUAUACUUUUUAUUUAAAAUUGCAUACAGUGUAACAUUCUUCUUCUUCCACUGGGUAAGUAUAUUAGUACUUAGGCAAUACAUUUUACUUCCUUUUCCAGGACUUUUUUAGAGCCGUUUUAGUGCCCAAAAGUUUGGGUCCCAAUUGACUUCAAUGGGGUUCGGGUUCGGGGUCAAGUUUGAGUCCCGAACUCGAACCUUUUGCCGAAGUUCGGCCGAUCCCGGCGAACCCGAACAUCCAGGUGUCUGCUCAACUCUAUACAAAAUCUUUUUUUUUAAGAUGGCAGGAUUCAAAGCUCGCGUUUAAUGUGAAAAAUUAAAUAAUUGUCAUUUUCACUGUAUUACUCUUGUAGUUCUCUCUUUUAUGUUGUGCUCUGGUUCUUCAUCAUUUAACUAUCUUUCCCAAUUCUCCACCUUCCGGCAGGACUUGAAACAGAUGUAUCCCCCAACCACCUGCAAAAUAAGGCCUACGUGCGGCAGUUCCAGGUCAUAGACAACCAGAAUCUGCUCUUUGAGCUGUCCUACAAACUGGAGCCCAAUGCACAGUGA